GUCUUGGGGACAUCAGGGGAGGCACGAGUUGGCCCGUAAGCCUGCACUAGCGAGUCAUCAGUGUCGGACACGUAGUGGGAACGAACAGGUCCCGAUGUACAAGUCACGGCAACCCUCGGAGGAGAUGAAGGCGGACUCCGACUGGCUCUGAUUUUUGAAAGCCCUUUUCAUUCAGGAGGUUGGUUGCCAACGGUUAACGCUAUGGCAGAGCCGUUAUCCCAAGAACCAACCGCUGCAAAAAUGGCGUCACUUAACCGGGUCCGAGCUUUGGCGAUGAUUUUCUUAACUGUCACUGGCUGUUGUGUCACCCCGACAAGUGGCAAGGAAGGGUCCGAGGAGACCGUCAUCAUAGGGCUGCGACUGGAGGACACGGACGAUAUUUCCUACAUGGACAGGGGCUACCUACGGGUGAGUGAGCGCUCUCGGGUGAAAUUAAGAGUUUACGGGCAGAACAUCAACAACGAGACCUGGUCCAAAAUUGCCUUCACGGAACACGAGAGGAGCCGGACGGUCGGGAGCCUUGACAGCUCCUCGGGGGAUAACCAGAGCCAAGAGGACUCCUCCGGCUUACAUCCCUGCGGUAUACGGACUUCGGAUAUCAUUAUUCUGCCCAGCAUCAUUCUGAACAGAAAAACCUCCGGAAUAGUUGAAAUCGAGGUCAAACCUCUUCGAAAGACGGAAAGGAGUAAAGCGUAUUACCUUUGCAUUGCCACCGCGACACCUGCCGUGGCUGGGAUGCACGACCCGUGGACAGAGAACACCUGGAUCUACCACGAUGGGGAUGACACCAAAGUGAUAGUGGUGGAGGAGAGAAAGUUUCUGCUGCCUUUCUGGCUCCAGGUGAUCUUCAUCUCUAUGUUGUUAUGCUUGUCGGGUAUGUUCAGCGGGUUGAACCUGGGGCUCAUGGCUCUGGACCCCAUGGAGCUCCAGAUUGUGCAGAACUGCGGCACGGAAAGGGAGAAAAAUUACGCCAAAAAAAUAGAGCCGGUCCGGAGCCAAGGGAAUUACUUACUGUGCUCUCUUCUGCUCGGAAACGUGCUGGUGAACACCACCCUGACUAUCCUGCUGGAUGAUAUCGCUGGCUCCGGGCUGAUCGCAGUGGUCAUGUCCACGAUAGGAAUAGUGAUUUUUGGAGAAAUUGUGCCACAGGCCAUCUGCUCCAGGCACGGCCUCGCUGUCGGCGCAAACACCAUAUUCCUCACCAAGUUCUUCAUGCUGCUCACCUUUCCUGCGUCCUACCCGGUGAGUAAACUACUGGACUACCUUCUCGGGCAGGAGAUAGGAACCGUGUACAACCGGGAGAAGCUUCUGGAGAUGCUGCGCGUCACGGACCCCUACAACGACCUGGUGAAGGAGGAGUUGAACAUCAUCCAGGGUGCGCUGGAGCUCAGGACUAAGACCGUGGAGGAUGUGAUGACGCCGCUGAGAGAUUGCUUCAUGAUCCCGGAGGAUGCCACCCUCGACUUCAACACCAUGUCCGAGAUCAUUAAAAGCGGCUACACGCGCAUCCCAGUCUACGAGGGCGAGAGGUCCAACAUAGUGGACCUGCUGUUUGUCAAAGACCUGGCGUUUGUGGACCCGGAUGAUUGCACCCCGCUCAAAACCAUCACAAAGUUUUACAGCCACUCCUUGCACUUCGUGUUCAAUGACACCAAGCUGGAUGCAAUGCUGGAGGAGUUUAAAAAAGGUGAGUCAACUCCUCAGAGAAACACCAUUGUUCAAAUAUUCACACCAUUGUUCCUUUAUUCUUUCUGAUGAACAGUCAGGAUUCUUUUAGGUCAACCUCUGAUGACCUCUAGGUGACACAGGUCAUGGCGCACACAGGUUGACCUUUCAGCUGUCUGCUCUACCCCCUUUGAUGAGGCAGUUAUGUAAUAGUAUAUUGGAAGCGAUAGAGGAAGCCACUGCUUGUCCUUUUCAUCUGAACAUAAUCCCUGUGCAGCUCCUCUAAAAUGUCAAAGUAUGUGGGUGAAUUCUGAACUCUUUAAAUCUGGCAGAUCCAAUCUUGCACUUCAUUUUUUUAAGAGAUUACAGGUUGUGAUGGGGAAAGGUGUAGGGCUGCCUUUGCAUUUUUCACAGCAUUGGCGCAGCCUCAUCAGUAGAGACGUGCACUUGCCAAACCUCACCGGUCACUUCCUGUACAGGGGAGGAGGAGGAGGAGGUGUCCUUAUCUUCCUCCAUCGCUUCCAUUCACUGUUAAUGUUCACACGCUUUUUUUUUUCUUUCUUUCUCUCUCCUCCUUCUCCAUGUCUUACUUUCCUCCUCUCACCUUGCCCUCUCAUUCACUCUUUCUAGUUUCCCCUCCCUCUCUCUCCCUCUGAUUCGUGAAUGCAUUAGGGGACAUGUGGGAAUGGUGCAACGGCAGUGCUGAGGUUAUCAGGUGGGGGCAUCUUGUUUGAGAACCUGCUUAAAUCCCUCUCUACCUCUCUUGUGCUUGCCUCUGAAUGAUGGUGGCGAUAACUCCUUUUGUCCAGCCCUGGAAUGCAGUCGUGUGGAUAAUGAAUAACAGCCUCUAAAACCCUCAAGCCCCUCAUGUGUUUUGUGUGUGCGAGUGUGUUUAUGCGCAUGGUGUUUGUAAAAGAUGUUUACCUCACCCAAGGUUUACCUGAUGUUUUGCAUAGCCAUCCCCCUCUCUGUUGUUGCCUCUGACUCAGUUAUUCCUGGUAGCGUUCGAAGAUCUGGUACCACUUGGUUCCGUCUUUACGCCAAAAUAGGCCACCGUGUAAAUAACCUUGGAAUACAUUUUCACACCUGUAACCACCUGAUCGAUCAAUACUUACAAUGUAGAAAAAUUCAAUUGAUGCAUUGCGUGCAAAUGAGAAUAUUCACUUUGCUUUAAGAGGAUUAAAUGGGUGUGAAAACAGAACAAACCAUUCAGCUCCAUUACCAGAAAUUAGGUUCAGUUCUCUAUGCCAAAUUCACAUUACAUAAUAUACUCGCUGUUGAAGUUUGUUUGUUUGUUUUCGUCACUCGCGAUUAUUUACAGAAAAGCACUUGCAGCAGAAAACAUCAAUUCCCCCUGAUUUCUUUGUUAUUCACAGAGCAGCACAGUGACAUGUUUGACUCUGUUUACACCAGCAUUAUUACCAAAUGUGACCUCUCUGAUGUCUCUCAUAUCACUGAAUACACAAACCAAAGAGGUCUGAUAACAAAGAUGAUCCUUUUUUUUAUAUGAUUGCAUGAUCUUGGACUGAAGUUUGUCGGAAAGAAAGCACAUCUCACAACUCCAAUCAAAUCUUAGUGAAAAUGCAACAUUAUGUUGUUUUCAGUUACAAGCAGUGAAACUACCCUCAGAUAGAAACUGCGUAGUUUACUUCAACUCCAGUGCGGAGGCAGUUACCAAUCACAGUACAUCCAUCAUAUUUAAAGAAUACAUUUAGACGCUGUUGCAUUAUGUUUGAGCAGAGGUUUAAUGGGAUAGAAUGUAAAUAAUGAAUGCCAUCUGUAAUGCAAUAUCUAUAAACAGAGGGUGUAUAAAUGUAGAAUUCAGAGAAGCAAGAUUUUAGCUCUUCUGUCUGUAGUCUGAGUUUUGUCCAACAACUUUUCAGCUGUGUCUGAAUUCAGGAAAACCCUGUGCUGUGACAGCAAAAGAGGCGGACUCCACAAAACAUAAUGCAAUCCAUCAACCCACUGCUUCUUAUCUGACCUCCACUCAGCAUUACAACAGUCUCAUUUAACAACAGGUGAUAAUGGUCAUCAUCAUGUUUUAAGUCUCUAUGAUGUAAUUUGUGAAUAGCACACAGAAAGGGAAGUCUCGGCUUAAAGAGCCUUUGUAGCUUAUCAAGAGAACCGCAACCCCCAAAAUAUUGAUCUUUGACCCCAGAGGCUCCAUUACUGCCAGACAAUAAUUAGGGGGUUCAACCUGUUGUUGAAAUACCUGAUUAUCAUGACUAAAUUAAGUUUAAAAAAAAGGAUGAAAUCUGAAUGAAAGACGGACUUUUCUGUCCAAUCAGAGUAGUUGAAUGCACGCAUUAUGGUCAAUGCCUUAUUAAACCAAACAGCAAUCUCAUCACUGGUAUCAACGCUCUCCUAGUUUAUUAAAAGGUCACCUAAACUUUUAAUUAGAAUGCAUUGAUACUUUUUGACGAUGCGUUAUAAUGAUAUAUAAUCCUACUAAACAGUCUGUGCAUGCACACCAAUCAUUUCUGAGCAACUUCUGUCUUUAUCUGUCUCGAAGUCUGAGUUCUUAAUACCCUCACCAAGUACACAAGGUGUGUUAAGUGUGCUUUCUUUUUCACUCAAGUGCCUAACUUUGAUCUUCAUUUCAUCUGUUUCCAGUCAAAGUCAAAUUUAGUUAAAUCAUCCAUAUUUGUGCACAGUCGCAGUUUUUAUACAUCAUUUUAUUCAAUCAAAAUGUUUCUGGGGAUUUGAAGAUAUUAAUCCGAGCGAAUUCAUUUACUCCUUACACUACCCUGAUAAUAUUGUUCAUUUUAUUCUGGGCUCUUAAUAUGUGCUUAAAACCUCCACCCAGUCGAUCAUCAACUUAAGACCUGAAAUGUUGUUUACAGUUUCCAUUGUGACUCCAGGUUUCUCCGUUCACUCAAGGUUGCUCACGAACACUGUUUGUUCCCACCCCCUCUUAAAGAAUGGUACACAUUAUGCCGCCGACGUACAGUAUAGUAUAUACAGUAGUUCAUUAUGUAGAAAGUCCAGUUCUGUGUAGUGGUCGCUGCUGGCCCGGUGCCAGAGGGAACUCGCCAUCUCAUGAAAGUCAUAAGCAAUAGUUGUAGGGAAGGCUGAACAGGGUUUCUGGCUCUGUGUGCCGUGCACACUCAGUUCAAAGUGCUUUGUAUAGUAAGUCACCGUUAAUUAAUUUGACGCCGCUUGCAGAGCUGCUGAGACGUCUGAGGUCUGACACGAAGAUGAAAAAAUCUCAACAUGCUUAUAUUAGAAAUUGUGUGGCUACAUUUAUUUUUUAAGAUCGGUCCAAAAAGUCAUCAUGUACUGUUUUUGGUAAGCAGGAGUCGCUUAUCGGCUCUUGUUUACAACUCCACAACAAAAUAAAAGAGAGUCGUUUCCCACAAUGAAAGUACUUGAAAUACUGAAAUUAACCAACAUUUAUUCAUGUGUGCACACCCUCAUGUUUCACACACCUUGGUCUUGGCUUCCAAGGUCAGGGGUUACAGUCAGAUUCAUGCAGAGGCUUUUUAAUUUGGGCUGACACCCCUCUGGAAACUUCUGACCCCUUCAUUAAUUGUUCUUGGUCUGCGAUUGAAACAAUUACUGUCAUCCAGGGGCUGCCUGUCAAGCUGCAGGUUUGCCAGUUAAUGAGUGGGUCAGCGUGUGCCAUUUGGGACCAAACCAAGUAGUUGAGUCAGAAUCAGGGAUUUAGCUGCCUCUCUGACUUUGAGUUAUGUGCUUUAUUCCUGAAAGUGAAUGAAAGUUACUCACUCUCUCACCCACUCACUCACUCACUCACUCACUCACUCACUCACUCACUCGCAUGCAGUGUAACCAGCCUUGUGAGAGGAGGAUGUUUGGCGUGCUUAUUUCAGGUUAUGCACAGCUUUUCUGGUCCAGCAUACUUAUCUCUGCCCCUGGGGAAGGCAGGACACUUGCCUAACUUGAAUAUUUGAGUCCAGAGGGGACCUGGGACUGGUAUCAGCACAGGCAAAGAAAACUUUAUCCCUAAUUAGCUCCUUGCCUUAUGAUAAACCACAGAAACACAAUAUUUCAAAUCUGUCAAGCCUCUUAAGUCCAGCUCAUGUCUCAUAAUGUAGAAUGUACAUUGGGACUGGUAAUACAAGCAUUUGCAACAAACACAACUUUUAUUUUAUUGCGUCUCUCAGUAGGUCAUUUUACCUGAUAGAUUGGGGCCAAGCUAUUGUCACCAUGCUUUUUACACAGUUUUAAUGCUGUUAAAUAAAGCCUCAACUUACUGUCAGCUAACCUCAAAUUAAUUAGUGAUAAUUGAGUAAUGAAAAAUACAUUAAUGCAUUUCUGAUUCAGGGUAAAUGGUAAUACAGGUAGUGUGAACAGCAUGAAGUACCUCAGAUAAACAACAUUAGCUGUGAAUUAGUUGAGCUAAUAUGCACAUUAGUUUUGACGUACCACACUUCUUAUUGAUAUCAUAGUAUUGAACAAUGUCAGUAAGCGGAUCCAGUCUCUGGAGCCACGUGCAUGUGAGUGAAAGUACAAUACAAGGACAGAUCUAGUCAGAAGGGAAUAACACGAGAGAGGGCCACAAACUGCUUCCCGGUGCGAAAAAGCAAUUCUUUUUCUCUUGUUGUUUUUUUUUUUUUGUUGUAGAUUUGUUGAUAAAGGACAAACCCACUGUAGUAAAAGUAAGAGAUAAGUUUUGUUUGUUUUAUCAGAGAAGGUAGACAACGACAACAAAAGUAGACAACUCGUCACUUCACUUCACAUUACUGACUUAAAUCUGACCUACAUUGAGAAGCACACCACAUUGAUGAUUUAAUCGCCUGUUUUUUUCAUAUCUCAAUACAUUUGGCAGAAAGAAAAGUGUCAGUUUUUUUUUAUUUUGCAUAUUUGCUUCAUUAUUAGAGAGGUAGAUCCUCCAUGUAAAAGAGUCUACAUGAGGCCUGGCACGUCUUGAACUAGUUCCCUGAUUGCUGCAAUAUAGGCCAAUCUAUGCUUAAUUCAGAUUCAACAGCCUUCACGGUCUCUUUGCUUGGUACUUUGUCUUAAAGUGAAACUCUUUUCUCCCCUCUUUUGGCCUUCCACUGCUAUACUGACAGGAGUUUUCUGGUUUGCCUCUCAUGCUUUUAUUCUUUUAGCUUCUUUGUAUGGAGUGUAUCAUAGCAAAUUUCCAGAAUGCGUGCGUGUGUGUGUGUGUGUGUGUGUGUGUGUGUGUGUGUGUGUGUGUGUGUGUGUGUGUGUGUGUGUGUGUGUGUGUGUGUGUUUGCUUGGUAACCCUUGGUGCUAAUGCUGCUGAAAGUCCUGGGAUUAAAUGGCAUGAUGUUGGUAAGAACACUUAAUGUUUCUUGAUGAGGGACACCCCUUUGAACUCAGCAGGACUUGUCCUGCCGGCGGCUCACUUGCUCAGAAAUGAUUACCUCAGGUCAGAGGUUGUCUGCAUUUUGCUGUGUUUUCAUGUUAAAGAGAUGACACAAAUUGCUAGAUGUUAUUUCAUAAAUGGAAUGUAACUGUUAUAAAAAAAAAAUAAACAAGUUCGAUGCUGCAGGUGUUAGGGUUAGCACAAUAUAUUUGCUCAUUCAUGCUGUUGAUAAAGAAACUUUGAGUCUUAUUCACGAGAAACGCCGUUGUUCUUGGUGUGGCUGUACGCCUGACUACAAAGGAGAAUAUAUUUUGGUGUUUUGUCCUCUGCUUGUCAUUCAAGCGUGUGUUUUCACUUGCAACAUUGCAACCACUUUCUUUCAAAGAGCAGUCAACCUCUCUGUUGUAGAAACCUGUUGAAUGGUUACUUUUCUACUAUUUGAAUCUUGACUCUGACUACAUUGGACUAAAAAUUGGUAUGCAUGUUUUAGUCCAUUAGAUUUGCAGAGACUUGUACAUUUCUGGCAGUUCUGCAGGUGAUCCAUCACUGUCAAGGUUUCAUUGUCCAUGCUCUUUGUCACAGGAGGGUUGAAGUGUAUUUAGCCACAUGGCAUCAGUGGGACCAGCUGUAAACAACACAAAUGUAUUAUCAGCCCAUACAAGUAUAUAUGUGACUGUUGUUAGGAUGCUGACAAACACAUUUGCAAACUACUUUGUCUUCAGACAAGCAAGCGGGUACAGAAUUAAUUACUGAAUGUCAUUAUUAUUACCAUAGAGACCCUUUUAGUGUUAGUCAACAGUACGAUGACUUUACUUGGGGCUCAGCUGGAGACAAAACAGACCGUAGGAGAAUAAGGGGCUCUCUGAUAUGUCCAGGACCAGGCCAGUAGUCCAUACACUGAGUGAUGAUUUGACAGGAACUCCAAAGGUGAAUUAAUGGACAGACAUGUACAUGUAACAGUUGCAAGCAUUUUUGAUCACCUCUGUCCAGUCUUUAUCAUACCUACCAAAAGUUGUCUUCGUGAAUGUACAGUGAUCAUCUGAUUUAGGGUACAACUCCAAUUUUAAGACAUCAUAAUCACUCCAUCUAUUCUGGCACCCAACAGUAAACUGUGAUUCAGUGCUGAUUUGUACACCUUCAUAUUUAUAGGGGAAGGGGUGGGGUGGUACUAUGCUUUUCAAUAUUCACAAUAGAAAAUGCAAAGUUACAAUGUUUGUUGUCCAUACUCCAUGUACGCAAAGUUUCGAAUCACAUGGUAAACAUGUUGUCAUCGUCUCAGAAAAUAGAUGUAAACCACUCAAAACGUGAGUCUGCACAAAGACGUAAGAUUCACUAUAAUGUCUAUGUUAGUGUUAUAGGCCCUCCUUACUAGUUCAUUUUAGCUUCUGGCAAAGCAGUACUGCCUAACUCCAAUGACGUGUGAAGUGACACCCACAGUGGAGCAGAGUAGUGCUGCUGUGCUGUUAAAUUGAUUGACCACAAUAGAGGGGGCGGGGCUCAAAACAUCAAGCUCUGCCCUUGGCCGGCCUCUGGAAAGCCUCCAGAGAGGUGGCCAAUCAGGAGAAAAUAGGCUUGUGGAGGAGGGAGCCUUAAAGAGACAGCAGCUAAAACGAAGCCUUUCAGAUGGAGGCUGAAAUAAUAUUUUAAUACACAGCUGUGAGAAAUUUGAGGGUUUUGUUUUAAAUCUGAAAAUCAUAUAAAGCCAUUAAAGAGGUACCAGAGAGUCUGAAAAAAUUGCAAUUAAUCGGUUUCAGAUCUACAUCAAAUAGGACUUCCCAGAGUACCAGUUUUAAGUAUUGAAAGCUAAGAAAACAAUGCAUGAAAUCUCUAAUUAGUAUGUUAGUAUGAUAUGAUGCUUGUAUUGAACCUGUAGCAAUGACACAGAGGGUUUAUGCUUAUGAAUGACAGGCUAUCGUAGGUGAUGUAAUUCAAACCGUGAUUAAUUGUAUUAUCAAAUGUAAAUGAGUGAACACUGACUUUUGGCGAUUAAUGUGUUUUGCAGCCAACUUUUGAGUUUGUAGCGAUACAUGACUGGCUUUUAAAAUUGGCCUACAUUCCUCAGAUUCUGGUUCAACAUGGAGUGUAGCUUUUAAGACCUGAUUAGUCCAACAGUUAAAGAGUGUGAAUCUAGUUGCAGUGCAUUUCCAAAGCCCGUCUGAUCUGGCAUUAUGACAUUUCUUUACAUUCACCCCCCCCUCUGGGCACCCCAUACUACGUCUUUGACAUGAAAACAACAGUGCAGUCUGUCUGUGGCCGUUUGGAUGUACAGCUCUGUAACUCAGGGUGAAGGGUCAGAAGUUUGUAUUUUGUUCUUGAGUUUACAUGAGGGUAGAGCCAGUAUCUGGUACUUCGCUUCAACUCCUGCUUUUGUUGUUCUCAAACAACUGUGUCAGUGUAAGCUUGCUUUAUUAGGCAAUAGUACGAAAAUGCUUUGGCCUCCAAAUUUGCCCCACUUGGCAAACUUGCGUGUAACCAACAAAAGGUGUAAUAGAAAAUAAAAGGUGCUACAGUCUAGUGAAAUCCUGCUGCCUUGAAGAUGGCAUGUUAUGAAGCCUAGCUUUGAAAAAUUUCUUUUAUGCUAAACUUUUGAUCUAAAACUCUGUGAGCAGCCUUUCUCUCCUCUGUAUGGCAGUCUUAUGCGAAUCAAAGACUUAUUAUGGUUGAGGGACAAUUGCCUUCUAUAACUAUCUGCUGUCGUAGGAGGAUUAAACGGAGACCCUUACUUUAACACGUAAAGUGGUCUCUCUGUAUCAUCCAAAAUUCCUGAUCGAAUCAAAGCUGCUAGUUUUGUCUGAAAUUAUAGAAAUAUCACACAAAUUUCAAAGGCUUUUCUUCUUUUUCCACCCUGAUACCUUCAGGUGAACUUUUUAGUUAACUCUCUUAAUUUCUGAUGAUUGCUGCUCCUGAAGGAAUGCUUUGGUAGUUUUGUGUUGUGGAUGUUGUUAAGGAGCUGAGUCUGCUUCCAGCACAUGUUGCCAGGGAUCUGUAGCCAUGCACUACUGAGGAAAAUUUGGUAUUACGCAAUUGAGAACUCAAGCACGCUCUUCUAAUAAGCUGUUUCCCAAAACAGAGAUCGCACUCGACCUGUGUGCUGUUUGUUUGUAAAGGGACAAAGUGUUGACGUGUUGUUCAGACUAACAAUUAACAUGAAUUGAGAACUAUUACCAUAACAGUUGGCUAAUGCUCAGAAAUACUUUGGAUGCUCUUAAGGGAACCUGCUAGCUUAGUCAGUUUGAUUUUAACUUUAAAGCGCUUGAAGAGCUUUUAAGUCUGUUAUGAUAACUUACUAGUAAAGCCCCUAAAUUGUCUUUACUCAGUUUACAGUUAGUGUCAAGUUAGGUUCUGUGUUUUUUAACUCAUGCAUUAAAAGUAUGUAAUGAAAUAUAAGUCAAAAUCAUCCCAUCUGAAAUGUAUCAGGAACUCAGACAACAUAGACAUGCACAUUUGUCUGUCGACAGCAGAGCUCCUGCUCCAAAAAUGAACACAGUUUUGGUUCAUUCACAUGUCUUUGUCCAUCUGUGAUAGUGUUGUCAGUUCAAAGCCAUAAUCACUUUGUCGCUGAGAUGUUUGUUAUGACUACAGUUAUGUAUUUCAGAUACUAUUACUGUAAUUUUGGUGUUGUGCAUUAUGUCAUGCUCAUGAAAUUGAGGGAAAUUGCUGUUAUUAGUGUCACUGUAGGAUAAUGUGAAGGAAGACAAGAAUGAUGAUGAUUUGCUGUACUGAGAAUGAUAUCUUUAACUGGUAGAGGCAAAACUUUUCUGAAAGACUCCUCAAAGAUACCAAGUCUGAUGAAAAGUAUAAGGUGUUUUUUUCCCUGUUUUAUUUCAGAUAUUGAGCUCUGCAAUGAGAUAGUGAAAGACUGAGUGGGGAGUCAAUGAAAGUGAUUUAUUGGUCUCCCUUCUGCAUCUCCCAUACACUGCAAAGCUACAGUGGAGCUGUGGUUAAAUUUACUGUCCUAUCCUGCAGAUAGCUAACACUGUUUCAUCCUUUUUGAAAAACAGAUAAUCCCUCACUCUCACAGUUUUGCUCAGAUAUACGCAUAAACAACUAAAUUCUUCAUCUGUGCUUGCUUGUCGAACUUUGACUGAAAUGAGGCUCAUUCAGGCUGUGCCUCAGAGAGGGACAGAAAGCCCUCCAGCUUGGUCAGCCCAGUAACCAGGCUCUGUGCAGCACACUCAGGGAAGCAGAGCCACUUGCUUGUGCAGCGAGUCCCAUCCCCCUCCUCCCACAUUCCCUCUCUCCCUCUUCUCUCCAUAUUGUCCUCUUGCCCAUUUCCCUCAGUGUUAUAAAUUACAAACGACACAAACCUCCAGGCCUAAUGCCCUGCCAUGGACGCCUUCCAAGCUGCACUUUUCGGAGAGCCAAGAGGCUGGCUUCAUUGAUAACACCGGGCACACUGUCCGUCUCUCCAUUUACUGGCUGGAGGAAAAGCCCAAGAUGGGCCCUUCACAGGCCUGGGAGACACCAGCGCUUUUUACCAUCAGCUGAUAGAGCCUUUCUGAGACUUAAGAGGCGCUAGUGCUUUAUUUCAUCUGGCCAUAUAAUCACAUCAAUAAUAAAUAAAACACAAACAGGAUUCAGCCUCCACACCUCAUGCUUAACUCUUUCAAUGAUUCCUUGGUCUUGAAUUAUUCAUGAAAGUUUAUGGAUUAAAGGUCUUCAGAAAGAAACUUGGGGGGAUGUAUGGAAAAAUUCUCUCAAGAUAGUUUACCUCAGCCAAACUGUAGCAUUUAUUAGCAAAAGUAACCCAAUAUUAAGUUUCAAUUUCAAAAUGUCAUGAAAAAUCUCAUACCCUCAUACUGUCAGACAAACAACAGCAAGAAACUCAUCUGACUCUUGGUUACAGUGCCGUUAAUAAUGAUAAAAGAAAGUGUACAGUGGUGGGCACUACGGGAUCCUAAAGAUAUGUUGGUGUCUGAUCAUUAUGAGUUUUGUAGGUCAUACGAAGGAUUUCAAAUUAUAUCUUAGAUUUUAUGGGGACCCAGUCUAAAGAAGUUAAUACUGGAGAGAUGUGCUCUAUUUUUCUAGCUGUAGCCUGUACUCAAGCUGCAGUGUUUUGGACCAGCUGAAGAGUCUUUAGGGACUUAAUGAAGCAGUCUGAUAAAAAGGGGAGUACAAUAACCCAACCAGGUAACAAAUGCAUGGUUAAGGUUUGACAUAUCAAACCUUAUCAGAAUUUCAUCAGACUUAACAACUCUUCUCUAAAUAGUAGAUGACGUUUUGACACAUGACAACUGAGACUACUGACAAUUGAAUUUUCCUUUGGUGAUAAAAUAAAGUUAUUCUUUCUCUUAUUCUUAUAUUCUGAGACAGGAAGUGUCUGAUUUUUAUGACAAACACAGGUUGUCAUAAUUGAAUGUGGCAGCUGAAGGAAAACCCCUGAUCAAAUAGAGCUCUGAGGCUCCUAACAGUGGUGCUGGAUGCAAGACUGAUGCCAAAUAACGCACUUAUUUGAUUAGAACAUCUGAGGUGUAUUGGGCCAAGAACAAUAACUUAGGUUGUGUCUGCGAUGAGCAGCAAAAAAUCUCUGGUCAUGCAGGCCUUUGUAUAUUUGAGGCAUGCAACGUUUGCUGAUUGGUUUCUUUUGGCUUCACUGAUAAGUAUUACUGGGUGUCAUCUGCAUAACAGUGAACAUUUAUAGUGGGUUUCUUCAUGGUACUACCCACAGAAAGCUUAUAUAAAGUGAAAGGAAGUGGACUGAAUACUGAACCUUGUGGAACUCCAUGACUAACCUGAUUGAAGCGGGGUAUUGUGCAUUUUUUUUACUCUAUUCUUCUUUUCUGAUACUUCUUUAAUAGUUUUAGAUGAUUUUCAGGUCAAAAACAGCCUCACAUUUCUCACAGUGCUGUAUUAAAAUAUCAUUAUUUCAGCCUCCGUCUGAAAGGCUUUGUUGUAGCUGCUGUCUCUUUAAGGUCCCCCCUCCAUCAGCCUGCUUUCUCCUGACUGGCCACUGAGGGCAGAGCUUGAGGUUUUUGCUCCGCCACCUAUUUAUUGUGGUCAAUCAGUAGUGCAGCCGAGCAGAGUUGCCUCACUCCACUGUGGGUGUCACCUCGGAAGCUUGGAUGAACUAGUAAGGAGAGCCUAAAACGCUGACGCAGGCAUUUAGUGAGUUACGCGUUUUCUCGCAGGCUCCCAUUUUGAGCAGUUUACAUCUGUUUUCCAAAAUUAUGACAACAUAUGUUUACCUCAUGAUUUAAAACUUGAUGUAGUAUGGACACCAAACAUUGUAACUUUGCAUUUUUUUUUUGUUGAAAAUGUGGAAAAGCAUGAUACCACCCCUUUAAAAUUGAUUGAUUGAUUUGAUAUGUGGGAUUUAAACUAAGCUAAAGAGGUUGCUAUGAUGCUAGUUGAUUUGAACAAGAUUUGAUGUUUAAAACAGUGCCACAUAUUAAAGUGUCAUAAAAUACACUGACUUAUGUAAGGUGCUUUGACCUCUUUAAAGUUACACAUUGAGAAAGUUCCAUACUGCAGACAGUUUACUCACUUUCUUACUGUCUGAUCUGCACACCUUCAGAAGGUCAAACCCAUUCUGUGUCUGCAUUAAUCCCAUUUUGUUCACAUUGACUGUAAAGGUGUCAGUCAUCAACUGAUCUGAAAACAGAAUGUCAUGUAUCUAUCUCCACAAAUGAACCUGACAGAAACAUCUGCUCAGAGACUUUCUCAUAAUGCACAGAUGCAGUGCUAGCCCACUCAGUUCUCUUCGUAUGCUUGCACUUUUCCCCUCCUUGUUUUUUCCUAGCUAGCAGUGAGGGGGGGGGAACUGCUAGUAGAGCCCCACUAUGGGCUGCAGGCCCCUGCCACUGCUCCAGCUGACCCCACAGACCCAGAUCCAGCUCUAAGCUUUAACCCCAUCCACAGCUGAACAUCCAGCUUCAGUUAUUUUUCUUGUCCUGUUUGAACCCAUUGCAGAAAGGAAAUCUCACUUUGCUUACUGAUAGUUUAGUGAGUGUUAUUGUGCGUACAAGUCUCAGCACAGCUGCCAAGGUUGUGUUUUGUUUUUUUGUUUGCAAAUGGAUUUCUAUUUAAGGGUUAAUAUUUAAAGUUAAUGCAAUUAUUGUUCAUUUGAAACAGCACUGAUUUAACGCUGAAAGAAAAGAACAAUGAUUCGGUGCUAUCUUAUUAGCACCAGUAUUAGUGACGCUGUGUAGAUCUGUAAGGUUAAAAAUGCAGCAUAUGAUGCAGCAUGUUCUUGCAGGUUUCUUGUUCCUUAAACAACCUCAAUUCUCAAAGCUUAUUGCACAAGGACCGGCAGCUUUUUUACUGAGUACUUAGCUCAUUCUAGCUUUAAGGAUUUUGCCACGGCUAAUUGUUUUAUUGAGGUAUUAAUGAUGAGUUUUAAAGCUCCAAGUUCUCUGUGCCAAAAAUAUUUGUUUUCAGGUGUUUAAUUAGCUUUCUCUCUGUGUGUGUCACAAGUGAAGAGAGCGUCCAAUUGGUUGGUUGAAGUUGCAGUGACGGUGCUUGAUGUUAUGUUAAUGUUGUUUACUGUCAUGAUGGUAACUAAAGUUUAUUUUAGGAUUAUUUUACAUUAUUGGUUUGAGACACUUACACAACAUUUAUCAAAGCAUGAGGUUCAACUUUGGAAAUGUGCUGCACUCCUUCUAACAGAUGAUGUCCUCUUAAAAUACAAACUUGUGAUUCUUACUGAUAUUGUUAUACAGCCGUGAUAAAAUGCAGCACUGAGCUCACAUAAUGUGACACAUUUCCAAGUGAAUAGUGAGUGUAUUAUAAUUAUGGGAGGGCUUUAGAUCAAAUCCCUCAGAUUUGAUUAAUUUGAUCCAAAGUGCACAUGGCUUAACCAACAUGGUUCCAGUUGGCCAUAGCAGACUGUUUUCCUUCACCCACACAUCAGGUAGCUGAGGUUAAGAGAGGAAAUGAACAGAUUGACUCCCAUCAUGCUCUUUGAUUGGUGUGCUCAAGUUGUUUCCACUCAUUAUCAUGUCACCCCCAUCAGCAAUAUUUUAAUGUUCUUACAGGAAGAAAGAGACUUCACAUUUACCCUAAAAUCAUAGAUCAGUUAAUACUAGAGCAGGGGGACCAAAUUUUAAAUGUGCUAUUUUGAUUUCACAUUAUAAUUGAAAACACGUUUAACGAUCUCCUCAUACUGUAAUUAUUCUCAUAUUAAGACUGAGGUGAUUGGAAUUAUUACUCAAGAAGUUGCCUGUUGAAAUAACAAAAAUAAAAGUUGUUGAAAUGUCCACUGAGAAUUUAAUAUGGGCUGAGAUUUCUGCUGCUAUAAAAUGAAAUUAAAUAAUUAUAUUGAAUUUGAGAAGCAUACAGUAAUAGCUACAGUAAUGCUAAGGCUUACAUUAUGCUUUUUCCUACACAUGAAGAUAUGAAUAAUUUUAAGUUGAAUGCAAAGUGGAUUAUUCAGUCCCUAGUCUUCAUACAUCAUGGAAAUGGCCCCAGUCCAGUUCACUCCACUCAGUUGAGUUUUUGCAGACGUAAAUAGGAGCUGUGUGAAUCUGCGCUCGAUUACUCUUCCUCACAGACGUACGUGAGGUAAUGGUUGUGCCAGGCUGAACCGAAAUUGAAUUGUAAUACUGAAUCUGAAUUGUGCAAACUGAAAUCAAAUUUUUGAUUGUUGAAUUUAAGCAAAAUAGAGAAUUGAAUUUUCAAGUGGGUUGAAUACAAUGUCAAAGCAAAUAUAUUCAAUUUCAAAACAUUAAUUUCAAUUUUAAAUCAUGCUUUUCAAAUUCAAUUUAAUUAUGUAAUUUUAGUUACUAGUGGCACAAAUCUCAAUGUCAGCUAAAAAUUCACCAUAAACCUUAAUCAGUUUGCGUAAUUUGAACCUUCAGGUUAUUUUAGCAUUUAAGAUCAAAAGUGGUUUGCACCAGGCUGUAGUGUUGUUUCAUUUUGCCAUGUGGUAGAGAACCACAUUUAGUUAAAGUAAGACUGUACUGUAUAUUUAAUCCUAACAGUGACUGCUGCCUCUGCAACAAAUGGAACCUACAGAAUAACUACAAGUUUGCCAAUUUUGCUUAUUUGUGCAACUUUUUAAGGUGAAAGGUGAGUAAUUUUUACACCAGUAUUCAUGUGGUAGCUUUACUCUUACCAUCUCAUGGAUAUAAAUGAUGAUUCAGACUGAAGGCAGUCUCACUUGUUGGCCACACUUGUGAAGCCAAGAGGUUAACCCACUACUCAGAUACAGUCUAUGGUCCAAGUACUAUAUAAAGUUUUAAAACUUAAUGUCCUGACUUAUUUUUAUCUGAAAACAAUUAAGCAGUUCAACUGAAAGUUGCAUAAACAUUUUCAAGUACAAAUAAAUAGUGUAAGCUAUCAGGGUAUAUGUGUAAAGUUAUUUUUAGUCUCAAUGCAGAAAGGCUAACUCUAGUCUCACCGCUAGUCUAUAUGCAAAUUCAGGUUAAACACCUCAGAUUUGUAGAUCUGUAUUUAAGUUACAACAGAUUUGUUUUUAAAAGUCUUUCUCCUGAUGGCAGUGUUAAGCUUGGAAGUAGGGCUGGGCGAUAACACGAUAACGAUAUGUAUCGAAAAUUAAUUUCCCUCAAUAUCAAUAUAAAACAUGGUCAAUGUGCUUUUGAUAGUCGUCAUUCUGCCAUGUUUUGGUAGACUAUACGAAUAGCCAAUGAAAAACAUUAAGUGUUCCAGUACAAGAGGCUUUGAUCAGAAAAUAUUACAACACACUGACAGAUCUUAUCUAUUGUAGUCAUUAGGUUUUUUUAUGUAACCUUGUAAGUGAGCUGCAUGCUCACAUUGAAGAGCACAGUUUGAUCUUAUAGAGCAGCGGUGGACACAGCUGAGCUAUGAUGUAUCUUUCAACCUUUAAACACCCUCAGCUCGUGUCAUCGUUGUGAGAUGUGCUCACCAUUCAGCAGUUGCAACACUCACAUAACAGAGCAGCACCUGACCACAGGCCCAUUCAUUUAUCCCCACUGGUUUCCCAUUGAUGCCUCUCCUUAUGACUGAGGCCCAAAGGAAUCUCCACCCAGGGGACCUUUCAACAACAAACGCAGCCAGCUACGACAGCAAGCUGCUUCUCUGAAUGAACAACAAUGUCAUUCCAGCAGUGUGCGAGUGUGUGGCUGUACUGUAUGUGUGUGUGCGUGUGUGUGUAGUGAAACACCACUGGCUAGUAGCAGCAGAGUGAUCUUGUGACCAAGGCCCCUUAAUGACGGUUAGGAGCUGUGAGUAGACUUAACUUCUCUGUAUUGAACUGAUCAGUCCUUAAUUAGCUAAACCUAUUGUUAGACCUGUGACAGUAAAAGUUACAAAGCAUGAGUGACUGCACAGAAAAGUGUUUGACGUCAUAUAUAUAUAUAUAUAUAUAUAUAUCAUUAUUAGCCUUAUGUAAAGGUACAGUCUGUAGUUUUUAGUGGCAUGCAGCAGAACAGACAUGCAGACAUGGUAGAGAUGGGAUGUAAGAGUUUUGCCUUUGUAACUUAGCUAAUGAGCUUUUUAUUGUACAUCUACUGCAGAUCCCCCUCUACAUUGGUAGUGGUCUUUGUCUGCCAUGUUUCUACAGUGACACAAAGCGGACAAACUUAAACUAGGUGCUUUAUUACAUGCAGUAAGAGUUUGUGCAAAAUGUUAGAAGGUCAGAAGAAGAGAGUGGUUGUUGUGAUCGAUGUUUUUCAAGAUACUUGACAGAUGAUUCACCGGAGCUUCUUGUACUCAAAAGCCACUUUCACAAAUCUAGGGGUGAGCAAGGAAGCGUUAGGGCAGAAGUUCACAUUUAUAUAUGCUGCACCUUUAUUUAAAGUAUCGAAAACUUGAGGAUUUCUGUCGCAUGUCAUUUCCAAAUUUGUGAAUUUCUUCGUACCGGUCAGUGCUUGAUGCAUCCUCAAUAAGGCCUUUUAUUCAUAAACAAGGCAAAUUUUUGUGUCACAAAUCAAUAUCCUCUGGGCUGUUGAUCACUGCAGCUUCUAUGUGUGGUUUUCCUCUAAUAUAACUAGAUUAUUGUGGCAGAUGGCUGUCAUCUAUGUGUCUUGCCCAUUUAAACUCUUAGUACUACGUCUAACAUGAUUACUAUUACUGUCAGUACAGAUAUUUGGAUUCCAGGUCAGUCCUCUCAUAGGCAAUCAUAUCUGUGCUGCCUUCACACUCAGUGAAGGAGACUGUAAAAUGCACGCACUUUGUGAAAAUUAGUCUAACUUUCAGAAUAAUCUCAUGCAAACUGUUCCGUAAAACCAGAACCUGCAUGUCAUGUCUUCUUUUAAAUACAUCCUAGUAUUUUUUCCGGCUGUGUUUGUGCAUUUCUACAUUUAUUGCUUUAUUCACUGGCCAGAUAUCGAUGCCCCGUCUGUUUGCUGAAGCUUCUGGGCUGUGUUGUAAAAUAGUCUAAUAUACAUAGUUAUACAGUAUAUCUAUAAUGCAGAUUGUUUAAGCCGUUCAUGUCAGGUUCAGAUUGAUGUAUAAUACACUCAGGAUGAGCCUCGACUUGGCGGUUGCAGUGCUCUGUUUCACCUCUGUACAGCCACAGCCUCACUUAUUUUUGGGACACACAGAGCUGCAUAGUAAUUUAAAUACAAGUUACCAUCCAGGUUUUAGGAGAUUUGUAGUAAUUCUUCAGUAUUUUACGUGUACAUUUUGCAUAUGGCCUUGCAGCUUUUCUCUGUCACUGAGGUUUGUACCAGCCCAACCAGCCCAAGUCUUUAUUCAAAGCCGCAUCCUAAUACUGUCUGCUUUUCAUAGCAAUGAUCUGCUAUCAGAAAAUAACGGACCAUAGCUUUAAUGACACAGCUGAGCAAUAGAGUUUGACAGUAUUUUGGUAGUUUUGACAUUUAUUGGUGCAGAAACUGAAUUUGUUGACAUUAAACAGCAAUGAGUUGUUUUGUCUCCGCUUUCAAUGGCUGUAAUUGUUUCAGUCCACACCUCAACUGUUUGCUGCAAGUGUGCUUGUGUCUUUGCUUUGCUUUGUUUCCGAGUUAUCUAGUUUGUACAAACCCUUGCCCUUUUUCCAACCAUGCCUGGCACAGUGGACCAAGCUUCUGAUGCCCAACACUUAUGGCAAAAUAUGGCAAAAUUUAUUCCAUUAUGUUUUGAACUUUAUACUCGAAAUAGGAGUUGACAGCAUCUACUCAUCAGUUAGGACGCAAUUUAGGUAAAUAGUCGAUGCAUGCUGUUUGCUUUUUUUAUUUCUCCCACACAUUCUGGAUUUUUCCUGCAUGUGAAAGUGAAAGGCGGUCACAUUAGCUUAACUUUUGUCUCACUGUGGUCCUCAUCAGCAUUGUUUUCAUGAGGGAUACCAUUUUGCUAAGGACAGCACUUUUGGUCAAUUUGUCUCUUUUUUGUUAAACUGCAAUCUCAGCACUAAACCAAUGUAGUGUCACCACUGUGAAAUAUGUCUAUAUUCAGUUAUAUUCUCUCUGCUUCUCUCUUCUUCUCAGCCAGAGAGUCAGACAGUACAGUCAUUAUAGUAUAGUCAUUCAUUAAUUAGUAUAGGAUGCCCUAAAAUCUUGUUACAGGAAAGAGAGACAAGGGUAAAAAGUUAAUAAUUAGUGGUGGGAGAAAAAAAUCGAUAUAGCAUAGUAUCGCCAUAUUUUGUCUGGUGAUAUAUCGUAUCGUCUGAUUUACCAAGUAUCAACUUUUCAAAUUAAUUGCUAAUAUGAAGUCAAAUCUAUGAUAAUGGAAAAAUAAAAUCAACUUGUUGUCCAGAGAGGUUGGCAGAGGAGACAUCAUAGAGCAGUAGAAAGUACAGUUAGUACAACAAAUAUACAUGUAUAAGGUUUGCAAGAUGUGCUACACGAAAAUAAAAUACUAAGACAAACAUAACGGAAAGCCAAAUGAUAAAUUAGCUAAACAGUUGAAAAAUUUGUAUGAAUCACAAUAUAUUGUAUCGCAAUACGUAUUGUGAUAAUAUUGAAUCGUGGGGCAACAAGUGAUUUUCCCUCUAUUAAUAAUACUGAUAGGCUAUAGUCAGAUCAUGUAAACUGCUUAACAUGCUGUGGAAGAAGGCAAAUGUGUAUGAUGCAACAACAGAAUAAAGAUGUUUCUAACUGAAGAGCAAACACAAAAAAUGAAUCCCUGCCCAACUCUCAUGCAGAAGUAUCAGUCAGAUGGAUCAGAGCAGCAGUUCUGUGAAUAAUCAAUCAAAAUGUCAACAGAAUACAGCACACGUCAUAUGAUGUUUUGUUGUUUGUUUUAUGCAGUGACUUUGUGCCUGAAAACUGUUGGGAUUAAAAAAACAGAAUGUGUUAUUUAAACGUGAUUUAUCACUGUUAGCCACUGAAAUAUUAAUAGCAAUUAAAACUUACUGGUUCAUCUAUUUAUUCUGAUCCCCCUAUUACCAAUGUAGCAGCUACUCUACAUGAGGCCUACUUUGACAGCCAUAAUAAUAAGGGGAUUUAUAUUUCUGUUUAAGUUACAGAACAAACUGUUCAGAUGUUGGUCUGACUGUGUUGAGAUGUCUACCGGUUGGCACAAGACACUGACAGAAUAUUGAGAUGGAGGAUGAUGGUGUUGGAUAGGAGCUGUUUUUUUAUUUUUCAUUAUUGCUUGGUAUGAACAGAAAGGUCUACAGAAGGGGAUUAGGGCCACUGGGGAAAAAGACAAUAUAUUCAAUAUAUAUUAGUCAAUAUUCUUUAAAAAAAAAAAAAAGUCAGUAUAAUUAAAAAUUUAUGUAUUGCACCUUUUUUUCCCCCAGUGGCCCUAGUCCUUUUUUGUAAAGGUCUGGGGCAGUGAGCUUAGAGGUGAAUGAUGAAUGCUGAUUGUUUGAUUGAAAUUUGUGCCAGAUAUAGACAGAUACAAACUGGAGAAGGCAAAAAUAUUCAUCAAUAAGAAGCAACAUACCAGAAGAAUCUUCCAAUUUUUGAAAUUGUGAAAUGAAAUCUUAGUAUUUGUGGUUCAUGUAUCAAUAUCAGCCUCUUCUCACACUUCCUUGUGUUUGUGCUUAUAGCAUUUGGCAGGUUAGAAGUGGCUUUUCAAUAUCCGUGUGUGAAGAGAUUAAAAGUUGUUCAUGGCAGAGAGUGAACCAAAGAUAUCUACAUGAUGGGAAACUCUUUGAAUGACAUAAAUGGCAGGAUUCCGGACAUUUUUUUCUAGAGCCAGGGAUGUAUUUCCAAUUUAAGUAAUUCUGCAACACUAAUAUGUUCAUCCGUUUAUGUUAUAUUUAUAAAUGCCUUGAAUAGCAUUUCAAUUAUCUGUGUAAUCUUUAUUUUUGUGGAGGAAAUACAGACACGUACACAAACAAGCAAAAAGACACAUUCCACUUAUUUUCCAGCUUCUACAGGCCAAGAGACAGUUAUGUUAUUUCAUUGCAAGUGUAUGCAGACUAAAUGUUUAUCUAAUUGAAGAAGCUUUAAAUAGCGACAUGUAACCAGCAAUAGGGUAAAGUUUUUGUCUAUGUCAACGGAAAAAUGGGUCAGAAUGGCUGGAAACUUUCACUGGAGGUAGACUUAGAGGAGCAACUUUCCAACGGGUUCCCAUCACCCGAAUGUGCUCUAUAUUUGUCUGAGCUCAAAUAUUUGGAAAAAUGGGGGGAGCACAAGACGGGGAGGGGGCAAUGAUGAGUGUCCACAACAGAUACUGACCCCUCAUACUCCCACCCCAACGCUACGAGCCUUACGUGCCUAUUUAUAGGGGAAAAUUGCGCUAUGGAAAAAUAUGACAAAGCUGCAUUCCAUAAAUAAGCUGGGAAUGGUGGAAAAGAGCAAACUGCUUAGUCUCUGAAGGCCUGAGUGGAGGUUCUCAGGCUUGGCUUUGGAUUAAGGAUGAAUAGAUUGAUAGAUGGAUGAGCAGAUAGAUAAAUCGACACAUGUUUUGUUUGUUUUGUCCAAUGUUGCUCUCAGUCAGGGCCCUUUGGAUCUGGGCCUUUGUCCCUUUACAGAGCAAAAUGAUCCCAGCAAAAGCAAUGUUGAAUUAUCAGAUAGGAACCAAUUUAAGGUGGUGAUAAGAUCACAUCAGUUUCUAUUGUGGUUAUAUCUUAUGUGCCAUGCAUACCAUAAACAAACUUUCUUCUGCUUGUUGCUCUAAAGAGUCUCGAUCUCCAGCAGUGGAGCAACAGAGUUGAGGACCUGUGUCUAUUAAAGCCACUUAAGUUUGAGAGUGCGUCUCACUUAUUGUUGUUGUCUAUAUUUGCUUUUAUUUUAAGACAUUAAAAAGGAAACAUAAGAUCAAAGAAAUAAUGUCCUGGCAUUAGCAGCAGGUUUUCAAUUUCCUGAAAAUGUUUCACGUCUGGUUAGUUUCUUCCCCUUCACUGUUGUUGACUGAAGGAGAGGUGAAGAUGGAGAAUGCAGCAGUGUUUCCAAAGUUGGUCGAAUUUUGACUCAGACCUUUUCGAGAAACACUGAGGGUGUUUUUUCAGACUCUUAGCACUGAACUGUGUGACUGCUCUGAUUUUCUACAGAAAAUAGGUUCCCCCAACACACACACAUGCACACAGACACACACACACACACAAAUUCUGCUGGUGGACACAGGUCCUAAAAAUAAUUUAGGGGAAAAAGUUGGUGUUCUCAGGGGGGUUUUGAGACCUGAAGCCCACUAAAUCUACAUAUGAUGAGACUUUUUGAGGCUUAUAACAACAUUUAGUCCCACAAGCAGCUUGAAGAGAUGUUAGAGUAUAUUUGAAGUGGGCUUGUCUGAGUAACAUGUCUCUACUAAGUUACUCACACAUGCCACAAUGGAUGUCGGUCAUCUUGUCCCCUUUGAUGAAAAAACCCCAGGAGAGCCAGCACACAAGCCAGGCAACAGUUUUCUUCUUUCUUUCUUGCUAACUGCAAAGAACCUGGUAGUGCAAGUGUGUGAACUGUGAGCUCAUCCCCAGGGUUCAGGAGUGGGACUCGCUGUAACAGAAGUACCUUUGGCUGCAUUGUUUACCAUUCAGAGUCACCUUCUUUGCUAGAUGACGCAUUUUGUUUAUGACUUUCUUCAUUAUCUAGGAGUAAACUCAGAAAACUAAGAAAGUGGAAGUGGGAAUUUAUUACCUUUUUUUUAAUCACAUAAUAUCACAAUCCAGGCUCUGCACAAUAUUUUAACUCAAAGAAAGUACCCUGUAUUUGCUUUUGAAGGGAAAGACUGAGAUGAAAUUAUGAACUUUAGAGAAAAAACAAGGGCAAAUAGAGCCUUUCUUAAAGUUUCAUAGAAUUAAAUGAUCAGUAGAUCUGUCCUCAUCUGCAGAUGAAGUUGAUAGGCCAGUUUCUCUUUCUAUUCCCUGUCAUGUUCCUCAAAAAAGGCUCCAUACAUAUAUUUAUAUAUUAGAUCUCAGCUGAAAUUUUAGCUAGUAAUGGUCCUAAUUUUUGGGUAGAGUUACAUGAUGUCUUGACGUCACAAUGUGACAAAUUCAUUCCAAAAAGUGACGUACAUCUGAGAUCAAGCGGGGAUGAAGACGGAGGAAUCAGCGUAAAUAAAUGAAUAAAACAGUUUCAAGUGGAGGGCAAAGAAUGAAUUAAUUCAUAGUUCUAUGAAUUAAUUAUGGAUGUAUUUAUGUUUUCUGUGUAUCACGGCCGUAAUCAUCAUUAUCAACAUCAUCAAUAUCGUGAAGCACCAAGUUGGUGACUUAUUCUGACCCCGAGGGACAACAGGGGAUAAGAGUCCAGCUUGUGGCUUAGGGUCCUGCUAUGAAUAAGGGCCAGAUGCUUUUCAGUGGCAGACUGUAGCAGGUGGGAGGAAGUAUAAACCUGGAUGAAAGGGUUCUGGUCAGCAGGUGUUAUUUUUGUUCCUUUUUCUAUUAGAGAGCCACUGGAUUUUAAAUACGGUGCACACGGCAUUAAACCAAAUGAAGAGCGAGUGCAAGGAUGUGAACAGUGGAGUGUGGUGCUGCUGUGGGUUAGUUGAAGACGCUGCUUUAGACCCAUGUCAGGUGGAUCAUAGUCAGUUUCUCACAGUUGUACAGUCUUGGCUAAAGAUGAAUAGUUAUCUGAUUUCUUUGCUAACAGGUCAGACACAGUGAGCAUUUUUUAAAGUCAGUUUUCCUUUUACCAGGCUGUUAAGAGUUUUAUUUGAGAAAUUCUGUUUCAAGCCAUCUUCAAAAAGCCAGUUGUGUUGCUGCUGUUUACAAAACUAUGGAGUCAUCUUUAUUUACCAGCACAUUAAUGUUUUUUUUUUAAUUUUUUUUUUAAUGAACAAUAUUUGUCUUACAUCGCUUUCCAGAGCCUUUAAACGCUAUAAAACUAUUUCUAAUAUGAACAGGUACUUUUUUAAACUUAAAUUAUUCACCAACCUAAAUCAAAUAUAGGUGCAUAAAGGAUAUAUAGUAUGUAUAUAAUUUAAAGAAGAGUAAAAUUAGUUAAUAAAUAAACUGAAAUAGAAGCUCUUGUAAAAUAUAAAUUAUACCUGAAAAUGAGUUUAAAAAGAUGACAAAUUUGACAAAAAUUACUGAACAGAAUUGUUUUUUUGGGCCUUUCACUGAUAUUUUUCGCCGUUCAUCCUCAUCCUUUUAGAGCAGUUUUGUGUGUGUGUGUGUGUGUGUGUGUGUGUGUGUGUGUGUGUGUGUGUGUGUGUGUGUGUGUGUGUGUGCGCGUGCGUGCGUGCACAACAUAACAAAUAUGCUGUGGUCACUGACUCUUUCCCCAGUGAGAUUAAGCACUUCCUGGUACCUCAGUCAUCUGCUGCUGUGUUGUUAAGGGAAACUAAAUAAUCCUGUGUGUAGGGGAGAGUUGUGUGUGUGUUUGUGUGCGUGUGUGUACUUCAUCCAAUUACAAAUGCAUACUGGAAGUGCCAUUUACAGAUUCCCUGACAUAACACUCGUUCUCAGAAAUGAUUCAGAAAGGACAACAAAGAGCUUUAAAAUGACUCAAGAAUUUUGUUUCUCAAAGUAAGAAACUGAAAGUGAAUUGACCCCUGACCCUGAUGUGUGCAGUGUGCCUUUGUGCUGGACUGCCCAGCAUGCAUUCAGCCUCAGUCCAGCUAGACAGCCCCAGAUGUCAGGCAGCAGUGGUGGCUUAUAGGACCCCAGACGACUGGUCUUUACAAGGACACGCUCUUCCUGUGGCCCGCUUCCAAGUUCCAGGCCCCAGAGGGUCAGACUACCUCCAGUCCCCUCCACAAAACCCACUGCCAUAACAGCAGCUAAAGAGCUAUGAAUAAACAGGCUGUCAUUGUCCAGUUAUAUAUUUGUGUAAGACAGAAGCUGGUAUUUUUUGUCGUUAGUGUGGUAUUUUGUCUUUGUGGGAAUCUAGGAAGUAUGCACGCAUCAUAGGGGACUGCAAGACAAAAAGACAGAAAGCUUCUGUGCGGAAGACAACUGAGUUUGUGUGUGUGUGUGUGUGUGUGUGUGUGUGUGUGUGUGUGUGUGUGUGUGUGUGUGUGUGUAUUUGUGUAGCAUUUAAAGAGACAGAAAUAGACUCAAGACAGUAGACAUCACCGGGGGUGGGGGGGGGGGGGGGGAUGGUUUAUGGGCGUUGCCCCAAGCAAUGACUGCACAAGAACUUGGAUUGAUAAAGACUGUUUCAAUGUCUAUAUUAGAUUUUAUACAUGAGGCCAUAAAAAUUUGGGUUUAGAGCCAAGGCUGGCAUGCGGGUUUGUCUGCAUGUGCAUUUAUGGGCCAUCUUUUUCUGCUACAGCUCCAUCCAGCAUAAAGAUACUCUUACUCAGGCUUUUACAUAUUUUUAAAAUAUUUGACAGUAGUUUCAGAAAAGAGCAAUAUGUGCAAUACGUAAAAGAACCAUCAAGGAAGGGAGGAGGGUAGAUUGAAACUUUAACAGAUAUCUGUCUGGACAUGACAAGUAAGUGCCUCAUCUUCCCUGAACUGUUGGUUACGUUACAGCUAGGAAGCUAAAAUUAAUUUUGUCCUUUUAAGACACCAGACCACUGGAUACUGGAACCUACCAAACAUCUUAGCACUGGAUAGAUGUGUGGUGGAUUCAAACUUCGAUUAGCCUCAUUCAAGAGUUAAGACUCAUUUUGUUUGUCCUCAUGUAUAAAGCCCUCCGCACUGCAACAGAAAGACAACCAAAAGUGAUAUAUUUUUUUAUAUAUAGGGGAAAACCUCCCCUAGAAACAAAUGUAGCACAAAUAGCUGUCAGACUGCAGGUAUUUCUGAGUUUGUGAGACACCUGCGGUGAUUUAGCUGACAGGGUCAGUCAGAAUCCGUUAUUUAUUUAUUCAUUUUAUUUAUUUGAGUGAGGUCAGUCCCAUUGAGCUUAGAGAUGAUUAAAGUAAUAUAAUUAGUAGGUAGGUAGAGCGGUCAUCAAACAACUGGAAGGUUGGCGGUUCGAUUCCCCCCUAUCCCUAGUCUGUCCGUUGUGUCCUUGGGCAAGAUACUUAACCCACCUUGCUCCCAGUGUGUGUCCUCCACUGGUGUAUGAAUGUGAGUGAUAUGUGGUGGUGGUUGAAGAGGCCGUAGGCGCAAUCUGUCAGCCACGUUUCCACCAGUCUGCCCCAGUGCAGCUGUGACUACUACGGUAGUUUACCACCACCAAGGUGUGACUGUGUGAAUGAAUGAUGUAUCCAGUGUAAAGUGCUUUGAGGGUCUCUGAUAAAGCACUAUAAAAUCUGAUGCAUUAUUAUUAUUAUUAUUUAAUCCAGAAGGUCUUACACAGUCUGUCCAGUUUCAUUAGGUCAGUCUAGGUCCAUGCAGUCAAUAAAAGUCAAAGAGUGACCCCUUUUGUAAUAAUUAGUCAUUUUUAUAAUGAGGAUUCGACUCAGACCGGGAAAUAAGUAAUGAGGACUCAACUAGAUUUCUUCUGUGGUAAAUCGGACUUGAACAGUGAGAACCUGAGAUUUACCGCUGACUGGAGAUUCAUUGACUUGACUUUAACACGAGUCACUGCAAUCUUUAUCUCAAUCUCAACCUAUCUAUAAAGCACCAAUUCACGAUAAGUGUCAUCCCAACAUGUUGCCAAAAAAAGCUGGUCUAGACCAUACUCCACUAACAAGAACCCAAUGUAAAGAUGAGGUCAGACCAUAGACUGUAUAUAAGAUGGACGCCGUGGUUCCGCCUUCCGCCUGUAUACGGAUUUGAAGCCAAGAAGCUCUCGGUAAUUCCGGGUUCCGUGCAACCAGAGCUGCGCAGUAGCGUUGUACGCAGACGUUUUUGGCUGGACGGGAGACUCGGCGCGAUGACGUUCCGCUCAAAAAGUGCCCCCCCCCCCCCCCCCCCCCCCCCCCGGAUGUCCUUCCAGCCUUACAUCGGUAUCGCUAAUAGCUUCCCCGCUCGUCGCGACCAAGAAUAAGUAAGUUCCACUUCUCCUGAUAUAAUGUGAAAUUUGUGAGCGUACUAACUUUUAAGAACAUAAAAUACCAUCAUAACUAACACGAAUAAAGAUAUCAUCUAUUAUUUGAUUGGAAGUAAGUCAUCUCUCUUUGUUGAAAGAAACGGUGUAAAUGUAAGCUAAAGUAGCAUUGCAAUUUAACACUAGCCUUGGUAAAUUAAACAGCAAAAUACGUGAUAUUUUUAGUUUAUCAGUUGUUACGAUAUAUGCUAUUGUCCUGUGAUUAAAAAUGAACAAAAUUCUGAAUGAACAGCAAAUAUUUAUGUUGUUCUUUUUUUAGACAAAGAGAAAAGAAGCUUCAAAGAUGAGCACAACAUCAGCCACUGUGACCAGAAGUAAGGAUAAAAAUUCAUUGAGAUGGAUGCUGAUUUAGUUGGAUAUGAUUUUAGUCAGACUUUUAUUAGGUAAUGUUAUAAAUAUUUUUUUUUGUGAUGUAACAAGAGCAAGCUCAAGUUUUCAAUUCCAAAUUAUAUCUACUGUAAAAAAAUAUUAAACAGCUUGUGAUUCAGCAUGAUGUGGAAUCAUGCUGAAUCACAAGCCAUGCAAGGUUUUGUAGGAAAAUGACUUUUUUUUUCUUUUAUUGUUCAAUACAUUUACAGAAAUUCAACAGCAGGACCUCCAGGAUCUCCAUCGGCAGUUCCCCACCGUGAGGAUCAUCUUCUCUGCCAUCACUCAGAGGAGCCGAUGGAGAUACAGCCCCAAGAAAAUGGACAAAGCCAGGCGCUAUGUGAACAGUGUGAUGGCUACUUUUGUUUCAUCUGUUGGUGGAAGCAUUGUGCAUCAUCCUCAAAUAAAGCACAGAGAUCCUGGCCUUUUUUUAUACUAAUGGAGUUCAUUUCACCACUUUGGGUAAUGACAUUUUUUUAAAUAAUAUUGCCUUGUGUUUGAAAGACCAAAUCUAGUAGGGUGGUGCUAGAUUUGGGAUUUCACCUACAAUAGGCAGCAAAAAAUGGUCAGGAUUUAUCUGCUUUAUUUGUGAUUGAUUUGCACAUUUUGUUUAAUUGUUUACACAAGCACAAUUUUGUGAAUUUUGUUUUACAAAGGUAACCAUCACACUGUUCAAUUCUGUCACAGCUCUUCCUCCUUCUCUCUCUCUCUCUGUUUUACAAACUUUCUGCCAUACCCCAGCCAUUCCACCCGAUGGUCUUCCUCAAGGCGUUUUCCCCACAACGAAUGUAGCAGGGGAUGUUUUUUAUUGUUAGAAAAAUUUAAUUAAUGUUGAAACUUCACAUGCUUUUCUGUGAUUUGCUGUACCAUGAUAAAGUUUUCUGAUUUACAGCACAGAUGAAAAAACACAGUAUAUGCUUUAUUAUUCCAGAGUAUUUGUCUCAAAAUUUUAUUUUUCAUGUAAAGCUAUCAAAAGAAAAAAACAUACCACAACAAAGUCAAUGCAUUUCUUAUGUACUCAUCAUCAAGUGAUUUACAAGAAAAGAGCUUAACAUCAGUCCUAGUAUUCUUGCUUCUGGUGCAAUGGUCAGAUAAGACAAUUCAAAAAGGCUGUAAAGGACUCACACACAGAAAGAUGGGAAAGACAAAUGUCUCAAAAAAAGUUGGAUCCAUUUUAUUCCUAGCAAUAAAAGGGAUCCAACUUUUCAAGACAUUUGUCUUUUCCAUCUUUCUGUGUGCGAGUCCUCACCAUGAAGUGGACAAAGUGUGGUAAAACUGAAAAAACAAACUGACAAUAUGUGUAGUGAACAGCAUGUAAUUAAUGUAAAUCAGAUAGCAUGACAUGGACACUUGUGAGAGGACACUAGCAUUUUAGUAUUUAUUUGUGAUUUAUAAAUACUUUACUCCUUUGCAGAAAACCUGUAUGUUUGUUAUUUUACCAGGAACUUAAAAAGAUAUAAUCUAGUACUUUGGGAGUUGCAUUGGGUGGAAAGGAAACAGGCUGCAGCAGAUGAAUCCACCAUAUCAUCAGUGGUUGGUGAUGAAGUCUGAAAAACACAAAGAAAUUCAUCAAUUAAAUUGUGAAUACCAGCACUUAAAUUCAUUACGACACUUAUGUCUCAAACCAGGUGGUAGCUCAGCAUGAAAACUUUAGAGGUUUUGAUAUACUUGUCCAAUUAUUUAAAAGGUUUCAUUUAGUUAGCAUUCUUAGAGACUACUACUUGGCUAGUGCUGUUACCUUUAUCUAACAGGGCACAAUUGGUCUAAGCAUAAGAAGUUGUUCAUGUGGUAUCACUCAAACUUUUUUUGCAACGUGAUUCCUGUUUUUUUUACUCCAGGCUGCGCCAACUUAAACUGAAAAUGACUGAUGACACUAACUAAUAAUGACCAGUAGAUGGUAGCAGACACAACAACUACAUGCAAAUACCUAAAUUUAGAAAACAUAAAAACAGCAGUAAUUUAAAAUGGAACCACAAUAGUUGUAGUGUUCAGCUCUUGGGAAUGUUUAAAUAACCGCCAUUUUAUGAUUCAAAGUGUUAGUCAAUUUAACAAUAAAUUGUUGCAAAAUUGAACUUCAUAAAAAUUGCUGUCCAUUAAAAAAGAAAUAAUUUAACCUUUGAGUCCACAGUAAAGGCAUGCUCUUCAAAAUGAGCACUGCAAAGACGUGAUGAUCCUGUUGGUUUCCAGUCCUGCCGUCUUGUGUUCACCAGCCACUGCUUCAGCCUCGCUUUGUCACCUAAAGGGAAACUUUACAAAAAUACAAUAACAUUGCUUACUGCCAUUUGUCGAGUUUGUAAACAACACAAAGUUAAUGUUUUGCGUUCAGUUUAAUUCUUGCUUUGUUGCAUAACAGGCUGAAGCCAAAACUCAAUUCAAAGACAAUCACAAAAAAUACCUCAAGUGAAUGAAUAUUCAAACUGUAUAAAUAAUCUAAAUCAUUUCAUCUUGUGAGUGAUAUGUCUUAUGAACAUCCUAUCACAAUUGAGGGAUUUCUUUGCAUGUAAUAAAAAUUUUAAUAUCAUUGUGAUUGAUGAAGUAUAUCAUAUGCAGCUGUCUUUCCAUAACUAAUUACAUUGCUCAUAGUUUUAUCUCAAUCUCAUAAGUAACAGGGCUAUCUAUCUAUCUUGAAAACAAUAAGACAUGAUCUACCAUGCUGCUGUAAAUGAUAAUUGUCAUUACAAAGAAGUAUACUUAUGACUUAUGUAUGUUAUUUGAUAACAUAAAAUAAAUAACAGUUGUGCAACUUGUAUAAGUAAUCUUUUGAGCAUGUCCUUCUAUACACUUAUAGGGUCUCGUUUUCUCGACGUUUUGUCCCAUUAAAGACAGUUUCAGAGCUUUAUCUUAGACAAAUAUCGUUAUGUCACCAGAAGCUGUAAUACUACUGCCGCUGUACGGAGGAGACUGAACCGGUGGUCAAUCCUCUGCCAGAAAGCUAGGACGGUGCAUCCGAAAGAUGCAUUUUAAUUAAACCAUACCUGACUUUAGCGCAGGCUGCUCUCGUUGUAACAUACCCGAGUAAAACUGGUUGAUCCAUUACCAAAACUUCGACUCAUAACAUCAUGACUCUCAUUAUAUUCAUUUACAUGGCCUUGUUCUCAUAAAGUGAUGCAAUAUUAGGGGAAUGACUUAAAUGCGAAUUAAUUCCUUUAACAUUAUGACUUCAUGCCUCGAGUUUUCAUUUCAUGCCCUGAUACUCUGUGGUAGCAUUUGGUUGCUAGUAUGAAUCUGUGUGAUCGGUACGGUUUUUAAUUCAAAUUCAAAGUCACGUAGUCAUAAUAUUGUUAUAAAGAGAAGGCGGAUUUUAAGGGGUUUCCUCAUUGUUUAACUUCUAAUAAAAACGCUUAAAUAAGGCACAGAACUUACCGCUUGGUAUCUGUAAGUAAACCCCAUUAGCUAAAUUAAACCAGACCGUUUAAUGUUAUGUAGCUAGCAAGCUGAUGACUUCAUAAAAAAACAUAACUUACUGAAACAACUGCAAAGAUCCCGAUUUCACAUGUCGGUUAACACAGUUUACUGCAGAACAACUCAUUUUUCCAAUGCAAUAAAAGAGAAAAACGAUGGAAAAAUGUAAUCCUCUUCUCCACUGGCAAACCCGAUCGGACUUGACGAUGGACAAAAAAGAGCGACGCACAAGCAGCAAGUGCAAAGUGUAGAGAAUGACGCAAUUUCCUGUUUUUAUAACUCCUUAUAACUUUUUAAAAUGGAGCUGCAGAGAGAAAAAAAGACCUGAACACAAACCAGUCUAAUAAUAACUACAUGUCAACAUCGCAGUCGGGGGUGAGAAAAGUGUAUUUUCUGUGAAAUUAAUUUCUAAAGGCCGUCCGCCGCUCCAUUCACUUUGCUGGCAGAAGUGGGGUUUAUGACUUGUACUGCAGCCAGGCUCUAGGGGGUGCUGUUCUCGGAGUGGCUUCACCCGGCGAGGAGACAGACGGCGUCCAUUUUAUAUACAGUCUAUGGGUCAGACUAACCCUCAUCUUGUAAGAUUAGAUCCACUCCCAUCCUAUUUUCAUCCACAUAAGUAAAACUCUUUGCAGCAUGUAGCAAGUUACAGUGGAGGGGUAAAUUUCCUUUAACAGGCAGAAACCUCCAGCAGAACCACACUUAUGUUAGACGGUCAUCUGCUGAGACUGCGCUGGGUUUAGAGAGAGGACAGAGGGAGAUGGAGAAAGAGAGAGAGAUGAACAGAGGUGACAAUGAUAUAUGAAGUUGAAGCAGCUGGAAAGCAAGUAGGUCCACAGCAGCAAAACAUCCGCAACAGCGAUCCAGAGAAACCUACAGCAUGAUGGAGCUCAGGGACUCCCAGACAAGACUGAAGUCAGUGACGUUAAUAAGUAACUGUUUAAACUGCUGACCAUAUUUUCAGUUUACAUUUUCAGUUAAAUAGCCUGAGAUAUUUGCAUCUGUGACUCAAUUGUGUUGUCUGCUUUGUUUGUGUUCUCAAUAUUUGGUCAUGGGUUUGUAUUUGGUGAUUUCUCGUGAGUCUCUUCUUCAAUUGGUUGUUAAUCUGGUUUUAGCUGUGUUUUCUGUGUUUUGUAUUUGGCGGUGUAAUUUGAAUUUAUCCUGCUGUUUGUGUCAGCGUUUGUAGCAUGUUUCUAAAUCCAGAGUCUUGUGCUCAUCAAAUGAAUUGAAACUCAUACUGAGAAUGUCCUCUAAGUUGUCUAUCAAGGUUUUUAGGACUGCAUUCAUAAACUGAAGUCAGUUUCCAUCUGUUCAAGGGAAUUUGUGUAACUUCUUCCUCACAGCGUAACCCACGGGACAGACUCUUGUAUAAACACUAUAAAACUGCAAACCAUGCCACUCUGUCAUAUCUACAAAACAGCUUCUCAUUCAGCUCCUUCUCUGAGUCAUUCCUUUGAUUUUUAUAAAGCUCUUUAAAAGCUCUUACAACAGGUCAUCUCUAAUAGCUAACCUAAGGUAACCUCUAUACAGGGAGGUGAUGGAAAGUGUUCUUGAUGUGAACAAACAUCCUGAUUGGAUUAGUUUAACAGGUCAAACAAAUGCCUCGCACUCUAACAUGUGUGUGUUUGGUAUGUGUGAGCACAUGCCUGCUUGAAGAGCAGAUGAGAUUGUGUGUAGAUCUCAUUGAUGUCCUCCACCUCUUAUCAGCGGGCUCACACAAAGGUCAGGGGUUGGGUCUCAUUUUAUUUCAGAAAGGUGAGGUUAUGUUGACACACACUCCCAUUGGUUGUUGCUUUCCCUCUGAUAAAGCUGCAUGUGUAAAUCCUUUGUACACAGGAUGGACACGCUUUGGGGAAAAGUUUAAACAUAAAGAUACAGAAAAUAUUUCCAACAAUGUGGUUUCAGGUAAGAGAAUGUAUCAGAAAGGUUAGUUAUUAUGACCCUCCAGUUAUUAGUGUAGCGUUAGUUAAGUUUAGACUGGGAAACCUUUUCACAAAAGCACUUUUUUAUGAUUGUUAUUAGAUUUAUUCCCACUAUUAGUUUUUGUUUUUUAUCAAUUGAAAGUAGUCACACAUCUGUCAUCCAAAACCAACACCAUAGUUUAUAUUUUGAUAUUGUAAUGAAAAGAAUUGUUUUUUAUUUCUUGAAACUGGGGAUGUACUGAUCUGCUUUUUUCACCUCUGAUACCGAUACAGAUGUCUACAGUUUAGUAUCGGCCGAUAUCGAUCCAGUUCUGAUACAGAAAAGCCGCGCUGAAUUACCUUUUGUUGUAACCUGAAGUUUUACCACUGCCCCUCGGAACGUUUACUGCGCAGGUGUUGCAAGUGGCCGUCAAGUUUGUAAGCUGAGGUCUCCUUUGCUAGCUCUAAUUUGAAAACAAUAUGGGCAUCCGCUCAGCGUGUUUACUUGUGGAUGCCCACUCACGGUGCAUUGCAUAGAGUUAGACUGAAUAGAUCGGCCCCUAUGCAUCAGGCCUAUUGUCGAUACCUGAUCUAGAAUUUUCUUCAGUACCGGGACCGAUACCGAUAUCAAGUAUCGGGUCGGCGCAUCCUUAUCCUCACAAUCAUUUUUGGCCAAUUGAGAAAUUUGAAAUUUCAGAAAACAAAACUAACAGGUUGAUUGUCUGCUUGACUUAGUGUAAACAUUGUAAACAGGUUUGAGUGCCCCGAAAGCUAGCUAAUGCAUUGAUUUUAUUAAAAACAUGACUCAUACAAUGAUGGACAGAACAACAGCCAUCUACGGUAGAAGUCUAAAAAAAAAAAAAAACCUAGUAACAAUAUGUAACGGGGGGAAAACUCCUAACUUGGAUGGAGUGAACCACGACCGCAUUUGUUGGUUUGUUGACAGCAUAGGUACAUAUAUACAUACAUAUAAAUACAACUCUUUUUCUGUGGUUGUUUUAGCAAAAUCAGACAACUCUACGCAUGUCCAGAUGCUUCUAAUCUGAAUAAAGCUUGGUGCAUGUACACGCACGUCAUGAUCAGAUUAUUUGAUUUUGCACUCAUAAAAACAGUGGAUUCAGAGUCGGAUCUGUCCUGCUGCUGACAGUACAAAACUGAAGGAGACAGACAGACAGAUAGAUACUUUUUUAAUCCUAGAGGGAAAUUCAAUGUGAUGUGUGUUUUGGUUUGGGUUGUGAAACCAGUCCCGCAGCUCCACCAGUCUGGUCACUCUGGUUUAAAUGCCUUUGCUCCACCUGCCCCGUUCUGUAUGUCAGCAUCCUAUGAGAUGUAGGCACUUUGUCCAUAUUGAUACACAGUCAAUGGUCCCAGAAUUGAAAAUAUAGGUCCAGAUAUUCCUGCACAUGUGGAUGAAGCUCAUACUUUCAGGAUUAAACUGGUCCUGAUGUGGAUAUUCUUUGCCCAGAAAGCUAAAUUUGUAAGCUUGUUGAUGAAGCUGACAUGAGUGGAGUGGAAACCAUUAAAGAGAAGGAAGUAAGCAUUGAUCUGUUUCAGUGUGCUGUGCUGUGUUGGCAACUCCAUUUGUGCUUCUCUCUCUCUCUGGGCAGUUCAGGGUAAUUGCUUGCUCAAGGACUUUUGAGGCCUGAUUGCUGUAACCCUCUGAGGCUCCAUUUGUGUUUGUCCUAGUUAGACCCAGCCCCUCUGUGAUAAAGCAGCAUACUCAAUAUGUCUGUGACAACUUCACGAAGAUGGGAAGACUCUCUUUGUACACCUUGAUGAUCAGAUUUCAGUCUUGCAGAUCAUCUCCAGUGUUGGAUAUUUGGUGUUUAUGCUAUUAAUAUCUCUCUUUGAGGAUGGUAACCCGCCAGCCUGUUAGGUAUAUUACUUGAAAGCAUCAGUUCUGUAUCUAAUGUGCACGGUGCACAGCAUACUCACAUACAGGCUCUGCACUCUCCACAUCAUAGUGCUGCUAUCACAGCGCUGUGAGGGGGCAGUGAGCUGCAGUGCAAUAAAACACUGUCUCUGUGAUCAGCCUCAGUCCUCUCAGUCUGUGCUAACCUGCAGCAAAGUGGUCAACAUGAGCCCGCGCAGCAUCUGAGCCCUGACUCAGUGGUCCACCUGUGUUUUCCAGAAAUUCACUCACACACACACACACCUGCACACCCAUGCACUCUGACACACGUGCAUGCUCAUGCACACUCAAGCACACUGACGUCCUACAUUAUUUACGCCCAGUGUAUCUGCAUGCAAACGGCCCAUUUCGAGACAAUCUGAUCACACAGUGGAGGUUUCACCCGGUCUGUUCCUUCACUCGGUGAGAAUAUCGCCGGGGCGGAAUGGAAACUUCAUUUUGCAGGGGCUAAUAUUAGCCUGGGCCUCUGGAAAAUUCCUUUUAAAUGAUCGCAAGCUGAGAAAAGGCAAAGAAUUUGUUUAGCGUUUUGCUUGACAGUAUUCUCUGCAUACAUGGCAGUUUGUUUCUUUUUAUUUUUUUCAGACUCUACAGCACACAGGAGGGUCCUGGGAACACAGAUGUGGAGACAGGGAGGGCUGAGGGGACUUUUGUGUAUGAUAACUGCCUGACUGUCUUUUCUUUUUGGCUCUUCAAGUUUCUGCUGACACUUUAGGAUUUGAACCGUCAUAUUGCAUCCCCUGCCAUUGAACUGAUACAGAUACCUCUAACUCCUUCAGCUCACCUUGUGUCACCUGCUGUGUGUGUGUGUGUGUGAUUUGGAUUGUGUGGCUGCUGUAACACAGACUGCAGCCCCGGUGCUCUCACAGUUACUUUACUCCAGCUCUUUGUUCCAGUGUGUACUGAAGUAUUUAAUUUUAAUACAUGUUUAAUUGGUUUGCUUCUAAGUGGAUGUAAAUAGCCAUGUGGCUCCCUGCCUGUUUGUUCCCUUGUAGCCCCUUCACCGUCUGACCUAUAUUUAACUCUUUUAUCACUAUAUGACCCUAACUUUAUUACCUGUGUUUGUGUAUCUGUGUGUGCGUGUAUGUUUUUCUAGGAAAAUCCCACCUGGCCAUAGUUCAGAGAGUGAACAAUGAAGGCGAGGGAGACCCUUUCUACGAGGUUCUGGGUAUUGUCACCUUGGAGGAUGUUAUUGAAGAAAUCAUAAAGUCUGAGAUCCUGGACGAGACUGACUUGUACAGUAGGUUCCCUUCUCAGGCUUAUACUCUCAUGUGCAUCUCUAGUCCUCCACAGUUAGAGAACCAGUCAAAAAACUAUGAUCAGCUUAACCAAGCUCUGUGGUUUUGCACUUUAUAACAGCUCUCUUCAAAACUACUUACUGUGGGUUUCACCUCGUAGGCAAUUGGUAAUAAUAUUUCAUACACAAACACACACAUGGGUACAUUUCUUCCUGGGAUCAAAUGACUAUAUGUAAGGUGGCCCCAGAUUUUAGGUGGAAAGGCUGUUUAAAAAAAUACACUUCCUGCUCAGCACCAAACAGCAGAUUAAAACAUAGAGGAGCUUUAACGUCAGCUGAGGAUGUUAACAGAGAACUCAUCGCUGCCACAUAAGCCGCAGUAACAGUUUGCAACAUCUUGUUUGGUUCUCUCAAAGUGAAAACUGUUAGAACUACCUUUAAGUGACAUCCGUUCACACUGAAUUUCAGCCAUCACAGCUUUUAAACACUCCCUAUCUCUCAUUGAACGGUUUAUUCUACACUCUUGAGAAGAUAUCGGCCUCUCUAGAAACUUUUCUGCUGUUAGGACUUCACAGUUGCCAUACCGUUAACGUUUAUAGAUUUGUCACUAAAAAUAGAUGUGUGCUGUGUCUGACAAAGCUAAUAAUGAGUACUGAAAGUGCCAGGUCAUCCAAAAAGUUACACUGUGGGCCUGAAAAACAAAACAGUGUGCUGAAAGUAGAUGAAGCAGACAUGGAUGUACAUACAGACACAUUUUGAAAGGAGAGGGUUCAUACCCUGCGAGGUGACAUGAUAAGAACUUCAUGGCAUCUUCAGAUUGUAGCACUGUAGUCUGGACUGAGUUUAAACCCAACCUGCUGUUUGACGUCAACAGCAAUGAGCUGUUGUAGCUGCUUCAUUUGCAGACUGAGCAUCUUCUCCACAGUAGGAUAUAAUCAGCCACCGGCUUACAGCACAGUGUACAACUUUGAGUAAAGUAUGAUUCAUUCUUGACUAGUGCUGUGUUUCCACAUAGCCCCCAUGAGAAACCAAGGCUGUAACCAAGCUUAAUGCGAAGCUUUUGGUCACAGUUAAUGAUCCAUCAUGCACAUUUGAAGACCAUCAUUUCACACCACCUUAAAUUGUAUGCAAGAUAUUAUUGAUUAUAAUUUGUGUACAAAUAUUAUUUGAUUAAUGAUAUUCCUGUAGAUAAAAGUCUGCUUAAAUGUUUUUUAUUUAUUUAUAAAGAGUCUCCUUUAGUGUUUUAAAGCUAAAAGCUGCAUUAAAACCAACAUGAUACAUCGUAAAGUGUUGAUAAAAGCAGAAUUUGACGGUUUGUGAAUCAUUCGAAGGAUAUGUUCAGUUCAAAAUAGAGCAAAGACAGCAUAUCACAUGUUCAAACUUAAUAUUAUGAUUGUCUUAUGAAAAUUCUGUUCUCAUUUAAAGCUCACAAUACAGUCCACUACAUACAGCUUACUACAUUGGGAGUGGUGAGUAGGGGAUGAGUUUUGGUUGGACACAGCCACCUUUUGAUAUUUUCAGUAAAACAAGAAAACAACCCAGUCUCACAGUGUAUAUUAAAUGCUGUUUUGGCACUACUUUCUAUUAAAUAUAGGUGCAGUGUGGAGAAAUGGAAAUAUUGAGGGAUAUUAAUCAGACUCUAGUUAAACACGGUCCCCUGUCACUCUUACCAUCAAUUUGUAAAUCUGAAGUGAUGGUGACCUGCAAGGUCAAGAAGCUCCUGUGAUGCACAGGUGUGAUUCUCCAUUUGAAAAGCUUUUGUUAUCAAAAACAACUUAACUAAAACAAGCUUUUUUUUUUAUUUGGAGAGAUUAUUUGCUAGUUUUAACACUUUUUGGGUUGUUAUUUUCCAUCUUGACAGUCUGUUCAGCCAAAUGUCAGAAAAUACCGCACACUCCGCCUUGAAAUUAUUUGCAAACCAACAAAACCGUUUUAAUGCACAUUUGACACAACGCCCGGACUGUUGAACUUCUGAAAUUUUUAAAAGUUUGGAUUUUAUCAAAACUUAAACCAUCUUUAAUGUUUCAGGCCAUGAGCAUUCUGCAGAUUUACACUUUUGAGGGUAUCAGUUUGGGUCUGUAGACAUGGAUUAUGUGCCAGUCCUCUUGCUGCCCUUAUACAUAUGGCUGUCAGUAAUGCUAAGAAUGUGGUAAGCUAACAUUGUAGCCCCCUAUAGUUCUCGUUUAGUUCCGAGAAGAACGCCACAGCUACAUUUCCGGAAAAAGAAAUAAGCUUUGGGUAACUCAAGUUUAGUCACCCUGUGACCCAGGAGGACUCACUCUGUGUCUGUGGAGUGGCGUGGAUCAACUUUUUGCUGUUGCAGAAAAAGUUUGUUUUAGUUUGUGUCUUACGCUUGAUUUUUCAUUUUCCCUUCUCAGCUGACAACAAGACGAAGAAGAAAAUCACCCAUCGGGAAAGGAAGCAGGAUUUCUCGGCCUUCAAGCUUACCGACAAUGAAAUGAAGGUUAAAAUAUCACCUCAGCUUCUGCUGGCUACCCUGCGUUUCCUAGCAACAGGCAAGUGGGCUGUGUUACUGCUUGACUUCCCCCAGUGUGCCCUCAGCCCCUCACUGCGGGGAGAGAGAGUGUGUGUGCGAGUGUGUGUUUGAGCUGUUUGUGUGUGCAUGUGCCCAUGCCGGCUUUGAGUUUUGGGCAAGUGGGUGUAAGGAGGAGUGAGUAUGUGUGUAGAAUGAGUAUCUGCUGUUUGUGGGUGUGAGGGAAUGAGUUGUGUGAGGACUCACAACAAGCUUUUUGGUGCUCUUGCGUGUUUUGUGUGUGUGUGAAGUGGUGGAAGGCCUCUUGGGAGUACAGCACGGGAUGUCUGUGGAGACUGCAAAAGGAAAAAAAAAAGGCAGGCGGCGUCUAUUUGCUUGCGUGUCAUGCACCGGGGGUUACAUGUUGGGAUCUGAGCUCACAGCUUUAAAAACACCACCCUGUUUGCUUACACUCGUUCCUCAGUGACAUCACGUCCAGCAUUUUUGGCCUGUGAUCAGGGUUCUCACACAAGUCGACAUACUUAGUGUAAAAUGUGAAAUAUUUCACCCGCUUUCCCUUGGGAAAUGGAUUUCUGAACAGGCUGCAGAAUAUCCAGCAGCAGUGCUACAUCAGCAGCAGCAGCAGCAGCGGAGGUUGACUACAUCUCACUGCAGAUGGAUUUGCUUCAGAACUUUGACCUAGCAGCUAAGCGUUGAUUAAGUUUCUCUAAAGGCUAUUAGGGGGUUUAGUUCCCGGUGGUGGAGCCAGCUGACACAUAUCACUGCCGCUGAGUUGGACGAGCCGGUUGGCCCGUUAGAUGGUCGAUGGAAACCAGUAGCAACCUGGAUAUCAAAGUUGAAAAGUUGUAAAUACAUUUUUGGUCAGGCUUGUGUGUCAGUUCACUCACACAGAUGUAGAAGCAGCUUAAAACUACAGCUGCAACUAUAUAUAACAGUCAAUAGAAAUCUGUAAAAAUACUAUAGCAAUGAUCCAAGUGUGUUCAGGUUCUUCUCUUGGACUAAAAAGAUAGUUUUGGUUUUUUUAAGUAAGUUUUAUGAUGGACUCCAUAGUUGAUUGAAGAGACAGCAAAUAAAAAAGAUAUCUUCAUGGAAACUACUAAAAUUUAAGUUUGUUUUCAGUCUUUGCUGAACAUGGAGCUCUCUGACUCAGUGGUUUAUCGGACCAAUAUCUGGUAUCAAUUAGGGGUGGGAGAAAGAAUCGAUACAGCAUAGUAUCGCGAUAUUUUUCUGGUGAUAUAUCGUAUCGUCUCAUUUACCAAGUAUCGUUUUUUUUUUAUUAAUUGCUAAUAUGAAGUCAAAUCUAUGAUAAUGGAAAAAUAAAAUCAACUGUUUGUCUAGUGAGGUUGGGAGAGGUGACGUCAUAGAACAGGAGAAAGUUAGUGCAACAAAUAUAUAAGGUUUGCAAGAUGUGCUACAUGAAAAUUAAAUACUCUGUGAAUAAGACAAACAUAAAGGAAAGACAUGCUAAAUAAGCUAAACAGUUGAAAACGUGUAUAAACCACAUUUUGGUAUUGCAAUACUCACUGUCUUGCAAAAUGUUGGAAAUCGUGAUAAUGUCAUAUCGUGGCCCAAGUAUCGUGAUAAUAUUGUAUCAUGGGGCCACUGGUGAUUCCCACCCCUAAAGGUAGCUUUCUUCUCAUGUAAUGUCUCGGUGUCAGGCCAUGUCUCUUUAACUUAUAUCCUAAAUUCUCACACUGUGUGCGGUUGUGUGUGUGUGUAUGUAUGUGUGGGUGGGUGUGUGUCUUUGUGUGUGUGUGGGUCCAUGGGUGUAUGUGUGGGUGGAAGGGUUGGGUUUUUGUCUUCAUUGUUGUUUUUAGCCUCUGUGAAGCACUUUGAAUCGCAUUUCCUUAUGUAAGAAAAAGUGCCAUAUAAAUAAAGCUAAAUAUAAAUUGAAAUUAAUAUCAAUAUUGGAUUGGGACAUCCCUAAUCAUUUAUGAACCUGUAUGGCAGGUAGAGUGGUUCAUGCCUGCCUCUCACUGCCUUGGGUUCCAGGUCUUUUUCAACAUACUCCAUGUAGAGGUUGACUGAUAUCAGCAUGAAACAGGGUGAUAAUUAAGAGUUGGGAGUACAGCAGGAGAAUGGAUUUAGAUGAGGGAGACUUCUGUCCAUAUCAGAAGUGUUGGCACGUCUGCCUGUGUGUUCAGCAUCACAUAUUCUGCUGUAUGGGACCCAAAAACAGAUGUGCCUGCAAUCCUGCAUGCUUAAAGUGGAAGAGAAGGAACUGAUCCAUUGUGUGCAGUGAGAUUCAACAUUAUCAGAGCUGAGAUCAGAACAGUUGAGAUUAGGAUCAUGGUAUCCCUUCCUUCAACCCCUCUUUAAAACACUUGAGCUUUUCUAUGCAGGAAAUCUUAAAUAGAAAAGCCCAAAAAAUAACGUAAGGGUUUUAUACUACCUAAACUAAGCAGACUGCUCAUCCAAAGAAUAAUGUGAAGAAUUGUGUUAAGCAACAGGAAAGUCGUGUAUCCUGAGGCUAAACAUCUGGGACACCUAUAGAGUAGCUUUGCAUGAUCUGCAGCUCAAAGCUUAUUUAUCUUACACUGGCACCCAUGAAAACCCUUGUUUCAGCGCUGUCCAGCCUCUGCCUGAAACACUUUGUUUUGGAGGCUUUUCCAGUGAUGUAAAGUUAGACACAGCUUGUGGACAUUACUUUUCACACAACUCUGUAGUCAUGAAACAACCUUAAAGUUAUGCCUUAUCAAAAAAUGUCUGAAGCUACAGGCCGCACAUACUCAGCUCUCUUAGCAUAUGUUGGCUGUUGUACGUUAGCUGCUGUUAUAAGGUUACUUAGAGCUUGUGAUUUCAUGGAAGGUCUUUCUACAUGUAACAGUCCCAGGUUUCAUACUAGCCCCUGCUUCCAAAGGAGUCAUCUAUGAAGUAGUAAGCAUGAACAGCUAUGAAGUAGCCACUCGUUUUUGGUGUCUUGUUUUUUUGUGAAAGAAAGUAGCUGUAGCUGUCUUUCACAUCUGGGGAGCAACUUUAAAGGGGAAACUGCAGCCGCCUGGUGGGCUCGUCUUUAAGCGCCUGACGUCAAGUUGUGGCCUUGUGUCAAAAUAAACAGUUUAAAGUCCCACUCUGAUCAUUUUUUUAACUACUUAAAGUGUUCUCAGUGGUCUUUAAAUUGUGAUAAUGAGGUUUUUACCAAAAAUUGCAUUAUAUGUCAUUUUCAAGGGCUUGUCUUCUGCAGUAGAUCAUUAGCAAUUUGCCUCUGAGUCGUUAGCUUGCAGCCUAACACUGCCGACCUAGUUGAAGUUGCAGGUAACAUAGGAGCUAAUGUCUUUAGGGACAUGAUGAAAGUUAAUAUCAUAAUUAGCUUUCUUACGAGCAUUGCAAUCCACUAACGCACACGCUUGUUCUACGACCGUCCUCCCUAUUUCUCCUCUAUUUGCAGAGUCUGGCCUGCAGAGCAGAGCUCUGGGGGCGGAGCUUGGAUUGGUUACGUAUGAAAUCUCACUGUUUCUGAACCUGCCAUUUGGGUCUGCCAGAGAUUCACAGAGAUUUGACUGAAGAAAUACUAUGAAAAGCAAUUUCACAUUUAGUUUUCUCAUGAUAUGUCCUUUAGCAUCAGAAAAAUGCCAUAUGAACAUGAUAUUAAUGGGUCUUUAAAGAAGCCAAAGAACAUGUCUGGAGAUUAUGCUGUCAUAAUCUGGCAUCAUGGACGUCCAGAACUGUAGCAUUAUAUACAGUAUAUAUACAGUAUGUGCUAAAAUAUGGACCAGCAUAAUGAGUCUCCUUCAACUAUGUAUGUAGACUUGCUAAAAAUGUUGUUUUUUUGGGGGGUUUUUUGGUGUCACUUGGUCAUGAGGAGGUUCAUGCUAAGCCUGCAUGUGCCUAAAGUUGUUCCUGGAAUUACAGUCAGUGUUUGCAGAUUUUAAUCAAAGUCCUGUUUGAUUUGUAAAAAGUACGAAAUGUAUCAGUGUAGCAUUCACAGACACUGUUUAAUGCAGGACGCAGCUGUCCAGAACCUUCUGUCAACCACUUACAGACAAAAAAGAAUGAAUGUCAUUAAACUAGAACAGAAGCUCUUUUUUAAAGCACUGAAUGGAGCCAUAUGUGUGCAGCAAUGGAUGUGACAGUCAUACAGAUGAGCGAGUACAGUGUACACUACAUUACUCUGUGGGCUGCCACAGGGAAUAGACGGCAAGAACUCCAUCUCCAGCCCAUGAGGGGUCACUCACAUGAGAAUAAUGAGCACAAACUUUGAUAGAUUUACUGUUUAUUGAUUUAUUCUUUUUUUUUUUUAAGACAAAUGAAACUCUGAAUUUUGUUCAUAUUAGAAAGUUCCUCUUUGGGAAAACUAUCUCAUUCCAAACAUUUGCUUCAAUCACUCAGUGGGCUCAGUUUAAUGAAUCAUUAAGUGAGAGCCUCAAGCAUGUGUUCCUGUCAGCUCAGAUGCUUAGCCUUUGAAAUACCACAGAUUUAUUUAGCCUAAAAAAUAUGAAUCAUUUAUCUUCAAAAAGGUCUAUCAGCCACACCAGUGUUUUUUUUAGAGUCUCAACCUAAAAUGAAGAAUUGUCUAGACUGUAAUUUAUGUUUCACAUUCCUUACUGUCUGCCUCUCUGUCUCUCUCCUUUUUCAGAGGUCGAACCAUUUUCACCAGUCCAAAUGUCAGAGAAGAUUUUGCUGCGCUUGUUGAAGCAUCCCAACGUCAUCCAGGAGCUGAAGUACGAUAAGAAGAACAAGCGAGCAGCAGAGCACUACCUCUUCCACAGGAACAAGCCUGUGGAUUAUUUCAUCCUCGUCCUGCAGGUGUGUGUACAUAAUGAGGUUCAAAGUGAAGGAUGUGUCUCUCCUGUAAAAAAAAGACCUACUCUUACCAAAGUACAAAACACUGUCCAUCACAGUUGAGACAUCUAAGGCAAAGACAUGCUGCUGUUAGUGCUGCAAGCAUGUUUUUCUUUCAUACCACAGUUUCUCCUGGUAUUCAGAGUUUUCCUUUUAAGUCAGGCUCAAAUGCUGUUACACAAAGAAUAAUGCUGCGCCACUGUGUUCCAGGUUGGUAGUCCUAUAAACCAAUCAAUCAAUCAAUCAAUCAAUCAAUCAAUCAGUCAAUCCAUCCUUUCAUUCUUUCUUAUUAGGCUGGGCUGAAUCACAAAAUGUAAUGAAAUUUAAUUUGAUGACGUAAUAAGAUUUCUUAGUGUAAAUAGACUGUAGUAUUUCCCAACAAAGCAACACAUCUCCACAGAACAUCAGCAACAAGUCAGGAUCACUGAAGCUAACAAGACUGGACUUCAGGCUUCUGGUGCUACCACAAUACUACACAACCACAAGAUGUAAAAUCACUCACUAUGACACCAAUAUGAUGCUGUUGGCGAUUCAAAGGUUUAGCGACGGCAGGACUUUGCAACAGUGCAAUUGCAGUGUUCAGAAAAAAAGGAGAGCUACUUAGAUGGAGAGAGAGACAUGGCAGAGAGUAUUUAGCUGUGUGUACAGAAUGAGUGGAACAUAACUUCAUACAGAUGGGGAGAGGAGGAGACAGGAGUUUGAUGUAUCGAGUCCUCUGAUGGUCUAAACUUGGUGCAGUAAAAGCAAGAUGAUCGAACACAUGCCUGAGUCAGAGGGAAACUUCAUGCUAUUUUUGUGGACAAAGUAAAUCUGACAAAACAUUUAACGUUUCAUAACUAGGCAUUCAAUAGGCGGUUAAAUAGGAAAUUAAUCAUGGCAUUUUAGAGGAACAAUGGGCCAUAUUUGAAGGUUUUAACCAUUGAGGACAAUGUCAACUUGAGUUUUGAAGCCUAAAGACUACCUCUACACUUGUGCUGGUGCAACCAGGAUGUGCACAGAAGCAACACUGCUGGUAGACCAAAGCAUGCAUUAUACCUGCUGAUACAACAUCAGGGAUCCCUCAGGUUCAUACUGUCCACAGCAGGUCAGGUUCUUGUGCUGAUAUGUAGCUGAUAUUUGUGGUUAUUGAAAGUUCCCCGGUGUCAGUGUUUAUAAUGCUCUCUGUAGAAUUUAAAACUCAUAAAACUAAUGCAAUGAAUAAAAUGAAGACUUGGUUAUAAAUCAGCAUAAUAAGAAGUAACUACAAUUGCAGAAUCAAUAAUACAGAUAAAAAUUGAUUAUGAAUUGUGACAUUAUUAAAUAAUACAAACACAUCACAGCUAACAUUAAGAUUUAGUCACUUCUGAGCUGAUAUUACAUCCCACUGUUACACGUUACAAAAUAAAAUGCAGAGAGUCAUUUUAAAGAUCUGUGUUCCAGACUCCAGUCGUCAUGUUAGAUCUCCUUAUGCAGGUUUAUUAGCCUAUAGGAACACUCCCUAUAAGCAGCCACACAGCACACAUCAUAUUAGUUCUAUAUAAUGUGAUCCGGUAUAUUUUCCAAAGUGUAUGUGGGCUUUCCUGUCAUACUGUGUAAAGCCAUUUUAUAGGAAUGUUAGUUAGAAAGUAUUGAGCUCAGCUGUUGUCCAACAGUAGCUUAUACUAUCAGAUCCUGAUGAAAUUUUCUUCCUUCUUUCUUCCUUAAAAUGUACUUCUUGUCCGUCAUUGUUCAAGCAGGUUGAGCAUGAUCCGUCAGAUUUCCUGCAUGGGCACAAUCUGCAGCCUGGAACACAGUGGUGCGAUACUGUAACAGCAUUUGAGCUCCCUGACCUCAAAACGAUGUUAGAGAGAAAUAUCUAUCAUAAGCAUGUCCAUCUAACAGAGCUAAACUGCAGGUUUGUUCCUGCAGGGGUCACACAUCCCAAAAAGAUGGGUAUGGCAUGACUUUACAGCAGUGCAGUUUGGAUUAAAGAUAGCAGCUCAUUAGUUAUACAAAUGUCUGGACCAACAAAAACUAUACGUCAGUAUACCCAUAAGAAACGUGGAUUUGACAGUCUUUAUUUGUACUUAGUGCUGUACUGUGCUGUGAUGCCACUUUUAAUUGUUUUAUUUUAUGUAAAUUUCUCUUUGCUGACACUUUCACUGAAGAAGCCAAAGAGUGACAACGAUUAAUUCAAACACAUCAGAUCAAAGUCAAAGCUUCUCACCUUCAAGUGCAGUUUGAAAAUAGGUUGCAGAGUUUGUCAUUAAGUGUUUUAGAAGGGUUUUCUGGCAUUACAGUCCAAAAUUAAAGCUUUUUUUUUCUCUGAGAAAAUCACUCAAAGUAUUUGGAGUGUAGCUAAAUCUCCAUUGUCAUAUUAAUUGACACUCAUCACCUAUUUUAAUUCCUCUAUUCAGCCGGUUAAAUCAUGUAAAAUAGCUGCCGAUCCAGUUGAGGUCCACGAAGGACACGUGUGGGGUCACAGCCCCAGAGACCAGGUUUAGGAGCAGAUUGGAAGCUAUUACACAGGGUAGGGAUUUUCUAAAAGUAGUAAAAAAAGAAAGGAAAGAGGGAAAGGGAUUUUCUCUGAACGCAUGGGCAGCUUGAAUAAAUGUUUUCAAGCAGAAAAAAUUGCAAAGCUGUAGCAGAAAUCCCAGAUAGACUAGUAACUGACAUAACAAAACACUAACACUCUGUAGUUCACAACAAUGUGGAGCUGUCCACAGUCUGAGGACACAUAGGAAAGUAUAAAUAAAAGCUAUCUUAAUCGCUGAACUUUUUAUUGUGUAUUUUUAAAAUGAUGUUUUUAAGACAAAGUGCUUAUUGGAAGUAUGCUAAAGUGAACCUCAUCUCACUCUGUCAGGGGAAAGUGGAAGUGGAGGCAGGAAAGGAGGGGAUGAAGUUUGAAGCAGGACCUUUUUCCUACUAUGGGAUGAUGGCUCUGACAGCCUCACCAGGUAAGAUUCUUGCACAGCACACCGGUCUUUGAGAUUCAACCAUUAGUGAGUUUGGUGAGUUUAUACUGCAUUGGGAUCCACUUGUGUUUACUGCCAUAAAAGAAAAGUCAGAAAGAGGACCAGGCUCCAAACUGAAAUGUGUCCAUAGUAUCGAAUAUCAAAACCUGUCUAGUUUCAACAGUUGUGUUGGAAACUGGAUCACAGCACCAACCAAGAAAGAUCAGAUCAGAUUGAAGGUCUUUCAAGAUUAAAAUUUUUAGUAUACUGUGUGUGAUACACUCUGUCAAAUAUUUGUUAAAAAAUCCCUUUGAGGCCCACAUGGCUUUCCUGCAGUGACAUCACGUGUCAGCGUCACUGUCUGAUCUGCUCAGUUCUCUCAGUUCAUUCAUAAACCUCAGUACUAUUCUAACCCUUUCACCUCUUUUGAUUCGCAUGGGUGGUGGGAUCUGAGAGACACCUACUGGUGAGAAAGCAGAAAGCCUUUUCUUGUGGUGUGAGCGGCUACUUAGCAGUUAGACACCAGAAUGAAGUUCAUAUUUGAUGUAAUGUGAUGGGUCAUCAGAGACAUGUGUUGUUUGUUUACACCUGGAGAAGUGAAGUGAACUGCAGGUUACUCCUCUAAAACAGGGAAUAUGGGUGGUUAUAGAAAUGUUCUGUUUAUGCAUCUUCAUUAUAUUGAUGUUAACAAGCUGCCCGCCUUCUUUUAUCUCUGUUGUUUGUUAUUUUCCCUCUCUUCCCAAAGUGCCUCUGUCCCUGUCUCGCACAUUUGUGGUCAGCAGAGCUGAAUCGUUGGCAGGAUCUCCAGGUACGGUGGGCUCCUCUCUUUUAAAUUAAUGCCAUGUUACUUUCACAUGCAAAGGUUGGGAUUUGAAAUAAGAUUAAAGGUUGUAUGUUUGGUUGAAAACGCAUGCUUGUGGCCACUUCUGCGUAUAUUUUGUUUGUAUCCAAAAAGGUGCAACUGAAAAGUCCAUUCGUACACGAAUGCAACACAUACUGUACAUUUUCAUGAGUAUAAACCAAAGAGAAAAACAGAGACAGAAUAAAGAUUAGCAUCGGGACUUAACUCCCUCAUACCCUGAGCCAUUAGUCAAGUGGCUGAAUGGUGCUGUUCACUGGAGGCCCCAAAGUGGACCCAGGCUCCACCCCGCUCGCCCCUAACCUCUAACCCUCUCACUACACAAACAAGACCUACAGCUACAGCCCCCUGCUGGACAACCACUGAGCGCACACACAUGAAAACACGCAUGUACACACAUGUUCACAUGAACACGCACAUGCACACAAAGUCGUUACACUCUUCACAUUAGGAGCUGCUCCCUCUAAAACAUGGCUCUUUCUGUGGGGUUGUGUGGGGGAGUCGCAUAUCCUCAUAGUGAACGGCAAACUACUUCAUAAAUCAACUCACAUGUAUUUCGCAAUCUAGUUUAACAAAAACCAGUGACUGGUGAGUUACAGUGCACAGUGUCGCCCCCCGGCAGUGCACUUGUUUGUGUGUCUGUGUGUAUGUUCAUGCAUUAUGAGUGGAUUCUUGACACACCGCCGUUUUCUGUAUUGAACUGGCCCCCGCCGCCCCUAGGAACUGGAGUUCUUAACCACAAAAGUUCACAUGCCAGGUCUUUGGCCAACUGUGUUUGGUCUGCAUGCACACACACAGGCACGCACACACAAGCACACACAUAUUCCUACAUGGGAUUACAUACAUUCCAGCCGGUGCAGUAGCAUUAACGAUUGCCAAGCCGUUUCCACUUUGUUGUGUGUGAUUUUCACUAGGCUUCUUUAAGAAGUGGAAAACAUAAUCUGUCUUUAAUUAAAAAUUAAGAAAAGAAAAAAAAAAGCAAGAACAAGUCUAACAUGUGGUAGUACAGAGAAGGAGGCAGCAUCACUGGAAACCACUGACUCAAUACCUGGUCUAUGAAACUCCCCGAACAGAGAGACUUUGAAAGAUAUUAGAAUUCCAUACAUCACAGCAAGCAUCCAAGCUCAUUUCUACCACUUUCUACAUGAAAAAUGUCCACAAAACACAGGGUAUUUAGCAGUACUGAGGCUUUUUCACAGCUUAGUGGUCCCAAAGAAAUUUGAAAGUCAGAGAGAACAGUCACAGCAAGAGUUAUAGCUGCUAUGCAAAUGACAAAAUAUACAAAACACAAAAUAUGCAACAGGAUAUACUGGUUUCUUCCCAUUUGAAAGUGAAAUCUUUCACUUGUAGUCUUCGGUGUGUAUGAAAUAGAACCUGGAGUGAAACAACCUUCAACUAAAAUCAAAAACUUCUUCUGGUAUCAAGACUUAAAGUGUAUUCUCAUCUCAUAUCUCCCACUUACAGAAAAUAAAUCCCCUCCUCGGCCGUUUGGACUCAACCACUCGGACUCUCUGAAUAAGGCCGAUCGAAUAGAUGCAAUCACCCCGACUCUUGGCAGUAGCAACAACCAGCUCAACUCCUUCCUGCAGAUCUAUGUACCCGACUACUCGGUCAGAGCGCGCACAGACCUGCAGUUUAUAAAGGUGAGAACAAAUACUGGAGAGCAAGAAAAGCACCAUAAUGACACCUGUUUGAUUUCAGAGUUGUUAUUUUGUUCUAGUGAAAAAAAAUUAAGGAGAGUACUUUUGAUACAAAUAAAGAGCUAUAAUGAUUAGAUUCCAAUUAAUAUUGAAAUAAUGAUAUCACUACUCAAUUACUUAAACGCAUCAAUUAAUCAAUCCCCCCAUAUGAAUUCUUAAGAGAGAGGACAGGAGGGUGUGCUCCGGUAAUUUGGAUAUUACUCCUCAUUUUAAACCUGAGAGUUUGCAUGUCUAAUCUUGAAGUGUUUUAAGGACCAAGAGGGCCAACAGUGAGUCAUCCAAAGACUCCUGAGGGGGGUACUGUUUUGGUUACUGGUACCAUUUUAUUCUUGUUCUAUCCAUGAAUCUCCUGCAGAGUUUCCAUCAUGAUCACUGUGGAUGAUUCUGUAAUUUUUACGGACAGGAUCUCAAGGGGAGAGAUCUCCCCAUCUCUGCCGUGCAGAUGGUGUCUUCAAGAAGGAGCAGUUAGCUGCUGACUCUAAGCUAAUGAGAAUCAGCAUGAUUAUGUAUUGGACUACUACCUAAAAUAAAGGGUUAACCCAGGGUUUCAUUCACGAGCAUUGUUAAUUGUUAAUUGAUGAAACUCAAACAUGGAUUGUGUGUCACACAAAAACUGUAUACUUCCAUCUUCCACCAAGGGUAAUGAGCUUUGCUUUGUAACUAAAAGGUACUAGUUGAAAUGGUUCAGCCAUCUGAUCAGGGCGCCUUCUCGGUGAAUCCCUUUGAACUGUAAGGACACCUGGGCUACACUGUGAACACAAAGAAGGUAUGAUCUUUGCUCCAAGAGGAGUGGGUGGAAAGGUGCUACUGUGAAAUUCUGGACAUACUUUCUGAGCAUGCUGCCAGUUUACUUUGAAUUGAUGUAGAAGGAAGAUGUUGUCAAGCAAAGUCGCCACGUUCAACAUGUUCAGCAACAACCAGCAAGACAGACAGGUGGUAAUGAAUUGGUUAACACAAAGAACCAAAGUAGUACUUUGAUCUGAAGUAGGUAAGACAAAAACCCUUAAGACCAGAUCAGUAUCCAGCUGCAACACCUGGAAUCCGACUGACCUUCAACCUGCUUUUACCCCUACUAUUGUCUGAUAGUUUACGCAUGUAAGCUGGAAAAGGCACCAUCAUUUUUAGCCUGAGCUAAUCUAACGUUUCUUCAGCAGCCCUCUGGAGGCCACUGUCUGCAUACUCCAGUCUUUAGACUCUGGCUUUCUGGCACAUAAAAGUUUGGCAUGCUGAAUGUUGUUGUAGAGAUGGCACUUGUGUUAUUCCUACUUAAAUCCAGAAUAAUAGCCAAUUCCUUCAGGACCUGGUUGUUUCUAUAGAUAUACCAGAUUGGAUUUGUACAGCUAGUGAGGAUGGGCAUUAUUGUUUCCAAACAAACAACUGCUGCUGGUGCAAAAUUGGAGUCCACUACAUUUGAGGAAGUGUGAUCUAACUGCCCUCCCGGCUUCACACUGGUAAAGUGGAAUUCAUGAGCAUUUUACCCAUUACAACUCUGCCCCGGUAUAACACUGGCAUUGUGGAAGAACGAGGGGCAUGGCUUAGUAACACGUGUAUGUGGCAGGAGUACCAAAUACACACACACAUAUACACAGCUGUUUCUCCCUGCUAGCCCUAGCAUCGCCACCUUCUCUCCCCAAUUGUCUCUCUGUUACAACUGAUAAAAAGAGGAUAAGAGGCAGAGUAACUUUGCCCUGCUAUACUGGAUUGUUACAGGCCACGUCAGACAGGAUUGCAUUGCUACCGGUCUAAACUGGCAGCAAUGCAGUUUUAGCUUCCCAGAGGGUGAAGUCUUGUCUCUUGUCUAUGCUAAUUAGGUCCUUUGUAGUUUGCCCUUCUGGUUGCACACUGCAGGCCAAAGCUCUAGACUGGCCAAACCGUUGGUGUGGGCAUUCCAACAUUGUUAAAUCUGUGGUCUUUUCCCUUGGUAACAUGUAUGUCUCUUGAUUUUAUGGGAGCAAACUUCAUUCUUGUUGGUUACAUAGGAGUAAAUAUUAAGUGGGUGCACAGAAGGGUUGAGGUUAAGAAGGUCAAGUUGUCCUUGUGGACACAGAACAAGUCUUUCCUCCUACAGUCCAUUUAGACCAUGAAGGAUCAGUUCCUUUAAAAGGUUACAGGCCAGCAGGGAAGCGGUUCAUCCUCUUAUUUCACACCUUCCAAAGACUACCAUAAUGUAGUGAACUCUGGUGUUGUAAUGCAGACCUAAUCAUCAAAAUAGUUUCCAAGAGGAUCUGUGAUGGUCACUGGGCAGUGGAGGAAAUGACAGGCUGAUCAGAGGAGAAUGUGUGGGAUGGACUCAGAGGCAUUGGCUUGGACCAAGAAUAAGACAUCCAGAUCUGUCUCCUCUCUCCUGUUGCAUGCUUCUCUUCAAAAUCAUACAAGGGUGUUUAAAGAGUCCUAAAAAGACUGGUAUCUUAGCCAGUCAACCUGUCAUUUGGAUUACUCUGUUUUAUAUUUGGGACUGCUACACCCGUUCCUCCUCCCCACCCCAACACUGCUUUGAUUAUUCAGUCCCAAUCUGUAGGACUAUCUUAAAAUGUUCAGGUAUCUAGUUUUUUCAGCUUUUAUGUUUGAGGUGAUCCUCCAGCCCCCUCUGAGGCACUUUGAAUGAACUGCCUUUUUAUUUGUGAAGAGUCCAGUUUCUUGUCCCUGCAUUGAAUGCUAAGACUCUGUCCUCUCUGAAGCCUUUCCCAGUUUUCUUUCAGAUUGGCCCGCAGGAGGUUGGUUCCAUGUUUUCCACCUACUGCUUUUUUUUCUCAGGAUACUUUUCUCCACAUCUUCAGGCCUUAGGAUCUUUUUCUUUUCUUCAAGAUCCCAGGAUCCCUUUCUCUCCUGGUUUGGCCUUAGAUUUUGUGUUGACUGUUGGUCUAGUCCUUUCCCCUAAUCCUUAACCUCCAAACCUUUCUGCUAUUGUCACAGAUUUAGUCACUUAAUCUUACCCAACUUCUUCCGAGUCUAGGAUCUUGUUCAGACCAGCUUUGGCUUUUGUCCUCUGAUGCUAGACUUAUAAAAUGUAUACAGAGGUGUGUGGUCUAGGAUCUGUUCUAAGAAAGGCUGCCACUGGUCAGGUUCCAGGUUUGUCCCGUGACUGACCUUCACUGCAUUUACCUAAUCUUUUCUGAAGAGAUAAGUGAUAAGAAGUGAUACCCAGGCUUCUCCACCUCAUAACAUUCAUCCAGCCUUGAUGUGUUGUGGUUGAACAGUCACAACUGUAUAAUUGAGGUUGAUUCCAGCAAAUUAGUCUGGAGUGGUACCACCAAGAUGGCAAACCAGGCUUUAACCCUUCUUAGAGUUUACAGUUCAAGUAGGCACCUAACCUUAAAGAAAUUCUAACAUGAGUUUUCUCAGCUGUUUUUUAUAGUAUCAGGUGUCCUUAAUAACAUACUAAAAGUUUACCCAAGUUAGACCACUAGAAAGGUGUCAUUUUGAAGAUGGCGUCCAUGAUGGGUAGGAAGCCCGGGGAGACACCCCAGGUGAAUAGGGUAAAAUUUUAAACCAACAGAUAUCACCAUGAAACUUGCCAAGUUUAUAACUUGCAUCAAGACAAAUAUUUUUUGUAUUACAAGUUUUGUCAAAUGUUAUGUAUGAACAUGUAAAUGAGGCAAUAUCUAAUUAAAUAUGCACUAAUUUGCAUACAUUUCCAGAACCCAAAACUGAACAAUGGAUAUUCAUACAUAACAUUUGACAAAACUUGUAAUACAAAAAAUAUUUGUCUUAAUGCAAGUUAUAAACUUGGCAAGUUUCAUGGUGAUAUCUGUUAGUUUAAAAUUUUACCCUAUUCUCCUGAGGUGUCUCCCCGGGCUUCUUAUCCAUCAUGGACGCCAUCUGUUCAGAUGGGACUGUUCAGGGGACAAAACUGUGGAUACGAGGUUGGGCCGGUGCUAGCUGGUACGCUUUGCAGCAGUAGGACCCCUUGCUUAGCUGUCAUGGUGUUUUUGAACCUUUUUGCCAUUGCUCUCGGUGAUUGGCGAACUCCCUGGGAAGAGCUUGUACUUACCGACCACACUUUGACACGUGAGGCACUUACAUGCUGCCAAUUCAAGGUUAUAAUAUUUGCGACUCUCCAACGCCUCAUCUGCAAUGUCAUAACGACAUAAUGCGAUGUGCAAGACCAACCAGGACAUACUAUUAUGCCUUUGUUUUUGCUGUGUAAAUACAAAAACUUAAUAAUGUAGGGACUCUGGUCCAGCACUGAGGUGGAACUGCAGUUUGGAACAGGCUGUGGAUUGUCUACUUUAGAGAGGGGUGUCCGUAUGUUUUGUUGUUAUGCGUGUCGUUUUGGAUCUAGUACCCACCAAGGGAUGUACCAAUCUUAUUUUGAUUUUCUGAACAAACCACCUCUACCAUCGAGCAUUCUGAGUAAAGUAAGGCUACUGAACAACAAAAUAGAGGAGCUUCACCCAUGCAGCAGAUACCUCCAUGAGUACAGACUCCAGCGUUAUGGUGCCUGCAGAGUAAUUGCUCCAGGAUUCGUGCCAGGACACAUCAGAUUCUAUGCCAGAGAUACAGGGCCUCUCCUGUGUUGGGGUGGGUCCUCAGGGAAGGACAGAGGAUAUGGAGUCUGUGUUUAUGUAAGUAAUGACUGGUAAAACCAAUAUAUUAUCAGAGACAUGACUUGUGCUCCAGAUUUAGAACUGCUCACUCUCUAGAUGGGACUCUUUUACCUCCUUAGAGGGUUUGGUAAUGUCAUCAUCAGGGCUGUGUACUUUCCCACAUGGGGAGUGCCACAAGAGCUGCAAAUCGCCUUUCAGGAUAUGUUCGCUCACAGAUCCAGCUCGGUCCUGGGGUUCCUGUUUCUAUGGGGGACUUCAGCCAAAGUAAGCUGGAGUUAAUCCUACCUUUGAGUGCCAUCGCCCAGUUUACAUUAUCAUUGUGGAUUCAUCGUCUUAGUCAUUUCAGCGUCAGUUACCUAGAUCAUUCCUUUGCAGAUUCUGGAUUUCAUCAGCAUUCGUAUAAAAUAUUUUCUGACGUAACAUCGGAACUCAUCAUGUGUCCUUUUUUGUCUAGGUAACACGCCAGCAAUACCAGAACGCAGUAAUGGCGUCACGUAUGGACAAAACGCCACAAUCCACAGACAGUGAGUUCACUAAAAUUGAGCUCCCGCUGACGGAGCUCCAUGACGCAGUAGAGACUCCCACUGUUGUCACAUCCAUAGCCAGCACCACAAGCACCACCCCUGUUGUGUCAUUGGUCGUGGCCAACGAGACUUCUCACCUGCUCAACCAGCAGCUGAACUGUGUGGGCCUCAGCAGGAGCAACCACAGCGCCCACAACGAGGGACCCAUCUAGCCCCCGCCAAGCCUGGUGGAGACAGAAACCCUCCACCCUGUCUCAUGAACACACACAUGGAGCAGUGGCAAAGAUGGAGAUGAGGGAAAGUGGGGAAACAGAGGCAGGUGGAGUGAAGAUCUUACGCCAACUAGUAGUCCCCAGUCAGUCAGUGACACCCUUUCAUGGAGGGGCAGAGGGGAGAACGGGUGCUGCAGCUCCCUGGACUCCCCCACCUGAACGCUGUCAGAAUCCCUGCUGUACCACAUGCUCUUACAGAGGGUGCACUUGGACAGUUCCUGUGACUGAGCUUCUUCCUUGGGACAAUCGGACACUUUUUUACGGUGACUUGGACUAGAUUAUCACGGAGCGCAUGCAAGCCCAGUCCCUUGGCCUUACAUACACGAACAACAUCAACACAAACAGCUUAAACACUCACACACACACACACACACACACACACACACACACACACACACACACACACACACACACACACACACAGUUUAACUCUACAGUCACUGAAUACCCUCUUCAGGCCAAAGACUUUGGUCCCCCCCUUCUUAGACUGGGCACGUACAUAACACAAACACACACAUGGUAACACGUGAGAUACAUCAAAACAGUCACACUGACACACACACACAAACACACAAAUUCAACUUCCCCACUUGUGCAUCUUUCAGGGAGGCUCAGUCGACUGUUGAUCCCAUCAGCAAAGACUCAAACCCAAACAAGCAGAGAGCAACGGUUGGUCAAAGACUGCACCAAAAACCACUUUGAAACAACUUAUUAAACCAUGAACCAAGAAUGUUUUCCUGUAUUUAUUUAUUUUAUAAUAUUGUAUGUAUAUAUGUAUGCGUGGAGACAUGAUAUGAAAUAAACUGGCAUACAAACAUGCAUGAGCGUGUACACGAAGGUGUGCGUGGGGCACCUAUGUCAUAUCAAAAAGGACAUGCUACAUAUAUAUGGAGUGUAUGGAGACAAACAUCCAUUCAUGUAUAUGAGGAGGGGAGGGUCUUUUACAGAUACAGUAUGUAUAUUACAGAUCUCCUUAUUUUUACUAUUAUCCUAAAUCAGGCUUAUGGUACUCUAUCUUUUUCACCUUUAAAAAAAUCACACUAUUGCCUUUAAGAGAAAUCAUAUUAAUUAUUUUAACAAAGUGCAAUGAAACAAUUUAUUUAAGAGAUGAUUACAAAUAAAAGAAAUUACUGUAUUAUAAAUUGACAAAUAUAUUUGUAUGUAUGUGUAUGUAUAUUUGUUUUGAAAAUUGCGAAACAGCAGCCAUCUUUAAGCAGAACUGUCCUUAGCCAGUCUCUCUCUUUCUUUCUAUCUCUCAUUUUUUGUCUCUUUCUUACAUUUUUCUUUGCAUCCUUUGACCUCAAACAAAUGUCUAAUAUAUGUUCAUAUGGGAAUCAUGAUGCCUGUACCGUCACAAAAGUGAGGGAGGGGGGAGGUUCGCGUGGUAGCGUGUGUCAAAGUGCCAACACAGCACCUAUGCAUGGGGAGGUUAUGUGUCCUAUAUAUUUUUUUUUUUGCCAAUUUUACACAUAAUCAAACUUGAUAAUUGCACAGUAUUAUUGACCUCAUCUAACAUGUUGAGCAUCAUCAACGUCACAGAAAGUAACCUCGACAUUAAACAUGUCCAUGAAUGAUACACAGCUAUGCUUCCCCACUGUUUAUCUGUGUGAAUGCAGCUUUGGUUUUUUGGCAUGUGUGGUGUUUGCAUGUUUGUUUCCACACAAAAUUCAGUCCAUUAAAGGUUUUCCUUUUUUUUUUCUUUUUUUUUACAGUUACUUCACUUUACACAUUAUGACUUCUCGCAAAGUCCAAACAGGUCAUUCACAUAUAUUGCUUGAUAAUUCUUCAGUCAAUUAUGAUCUCAAUCCAAAAUAUCGGCUGCUAUUACAGAGAGAUAUUGAUGUAUUGUAUUUUAGCAGAAACACAGAGGCCUUAACAGUUAUUUCUAAGAGGGAAAAAAGACAUUUUAGAUAAUAUACUUGUUUUUCCGCCAGCAGAGGCAUGUCCGGGCUUUUUAUGAUUGAGGUGGCCCAUUUGAGAAACCGUCUAAUGCAGGGGUGAUGUGAAGUAUGAGCGCACACACAAGGAAAUAGUAAUUUACCCUCAAAUCUGCUUGGUUUCUUACAUAAAAUUAUUGCACAGAUGUUAUUUUCUUGUUAACUAAUCUUUUGAUAUUGAAAAGUUAAACAAAGUGGCAUCAGUAGACAGCUCAAACUAAAUUUUUUAAUGACUAUUUUGUGUUAAGUCACAAAUUUAACAUAUCCAAGUUUUAACAAAGUGCUAGCAACUUCUCCACACAGCCUGACUGCCUAUGAGUGUGACCACCCAGUGAGCAUUUUUUGGUCUAAAAGAGGUCUAAUCGACAUCUAAAUUUAGCUAAUCUAAAAAUGAAAGCUUUUUAGACAUCUAAAUUUAGACCAAGUCUAAAUUUGGGCUAUAUCUAUACUACACUGUAUAUUGCUUGACGGCUAUCAUAAUUAUAUUGGUUAAGUACUUGGAGAUCAGUUAUGCAACUCACAGUUGCUUUUUGAAAUGGUUAUUGAAUAAUGGGUUAAAGUGCAACGUCUAAAUUCUGUCUUAAAAAACACAGAAUCUAUACGGUUGAAAUUAGGUCUGAAAAAAAGUCUAAACAGUCCAAACAGUUUAAUUAAAAACAAGGACAACAUAGACUAGGAUUUUCAGGUGGCACCUUGGAGGGUGUUCAGAUUCUAAAAGGGGCCAAUGGCACCCCUGGCUCCCCCUCUGGACAUGCCUCUGUCUGCCAAGAGCUACUGUAGAUGAUUGUCAUCCAUCUCCCAAAAGUGAACACAGAGAUAGCAGCCAGUGUGCCGAGCCUAACAUAAAAAUAGAAAUAGGGAGAGCUAGCAUGCUAACCAUGCUAAUUCCAAAGGACCUUAAAAAUACUGUAGAGCUUAUUCACAAAAGUCCCUGCUCCAGACCCAGAAAUAGUCCAUUCCUGACACUCAUUUUUAUACACACUGUAUUCUUGUGCUUCGAGGUUCAUUAAAAAGUAAUUAUAUUAAGUUGACCAAUCAAAAAGUUUUAAUUUUUUACAUUUUCUAAAAGCAUAGUUUGUCCUUUUUUGGAGGGGGGUUGGGAUUGUGAAGCCCUGAGAGGCUCGAUUGCCUUAAUUUUGUCAUGUUUCAUGUGUUUUUAUCUAACUGCUACGCUAAGCUAUUGGCUCCUGACUCCACGCUUUUAUUUAUUACAAAGAUCUGAGUGGUAUCACUGGGCAAGACAACAGAAAAGUGGAAAUGUCAAGCCAUUUUUCAAAACCUUUUUUUUUAAUUUUGCUUUUAGUACCCUGUUGCUGUCAUUGUGUUACCUCAUCAAGGCAGAAAGAGUUUUAAAAUGCUGUUUUUACUGUAAAGCAGAUAGUUUGGUUUUCUUCAGAUCUUUAGGUUUAACUCAUUAACUCUAAAGUUUCUUUGACUCAGCCUCCAGGUCUGUAUUUUAGAGUUGUAUGUACUGUAUACAGGCCAGGGUACAGGCUACAGCAGUGUCUUAAAGCUGAAUGUCAUAGUUUUAAUAUGUAGUUACAGCUUGUAACCACUGGUGGUCGCUGUUUGCAUAUUUAAACCAAUAUGCAACAGCCUAAAAACAACAUUCUGACAAACAGCCCCUCCAUCUGCUGAAUCACAAGGGGGGUCUUGGUUGCGUAACCAGACACAGAGGAUGUCUGCUUUGUUUGCAGACACGUUCGUUGUUGUUUUAUUGUUUACUUGACAUAUCAUGGGCUAACUCUGCUGGAACAAUCACUCCAGAGAUGAUGAAUGAUGAUCAGAUUAGAGAGCUGUGCUUGUGACAUCCAUUCAUACUCUGAUUUGCUUUAUAAGGCGGAGGACAUCAGUGCCUUAAAAGGGGGGGAGACGGAGCGUGGUGACAUUUCAAAAGUCCAAAUGC